AUGCAGUCUGGAGUGAAGACGCUCUCCGCAGGUGGAGGUGCGUCACUCUGCUGCCUGCUGCUCCUCUGGCUCAUCUACUCCCAUCUGCUCAGAGAGGGUAAGGACACUUCGAGCUAUUUAUUACUUUGUCAGCAGCAUCAUUGUCUCCAAGGGGUUUUUAAUGUGAUGCAGCUGCACAUGGUGUGGUCAAAUCCUUCUACACUGAGGGAAAUAGCCCUUUAAUUCCCAAUAAAAACUCACUGCAGGGACUUAAUGUGUCUGCGCUCAUUACUUGUCAAAUUACGCUGACCUUGUUGUACCUGAUGGUAUAUUUUAAUCAGAUUCUGUGCUCCUAUAAUCACAUUCCUGUUCUGAGAAUAUGGCAUCAAACAGCCUGGCACUGUAUUUACGUUUUCAUUGUUGCAUUAUAAUAUUCCUAUGAGCCCCUGCUGUGUUGCAGUGACCAUAUGUUCACAAAAAUGUUAAUCUCUUGAAGUUUGAAGGUGAAUUUUAAACAAUAUUUCAACCUGUUUUGCUUAAAUAACCUCCUGAUGUACCAAAUCAGCUUCUCUCUUCAGUCAGAUGAUAAUUUGUGAGGCUGUAACUAAGCUUCAGGUGGAAAAGCAACACAGUUUACAUGUUUUAGUUCCAAGUGUAGACCCAAAAAUAGGCCUGACUUCUGCCUUCAGAGCUUUGUAAAUUCACCGGGGUUAAGGCUAUAUUCAUCCACGGCAUGCUUUCCUAUUGAAUAAAACAUCCGCUGGUGCAAUUACACCUUCACCCUGACACAGAAUAGAAAGCAAAAGGAUGUUUCCCUGCACUUCAUUGGCUGCUGUCCAUGCUGAAAAAAAUUUGGAUUCCAGUGUUGCAGCGGCACAGAGAAACAGGCUUAAAGCAGUGGAUCUUGUUGGGAGAUGUUGAACACAAAGUUUGCAGAUUAGAUCUUUUAAUCAAGCACUGGCCAGCAGCGUAAUUACUACUGUGGAGGAGGGAUAGUGCCUACAUCAAUGUGUUUGGCAGCUUGCCGGGAACAAAAGUAGACACUGAUGUGAAAAAUGAACUGCCUGUGCGCUGAAAUGUGCUCCCUUUGCCUCUCAUUUGCAGUGCUUUCUCCCCAAAUGCUGCUGUCACUGUGCUCUUAUUGCUGCACCGUGAACCGCAUCUUAUCUGAGGAGAAACAGCAACCCUCCCCAUCCCCUCAGCCAUUUUUAUUGACUCAUUUUGGUAUGAAAAUGAUCUCAUUAGUGCGUUAUUGUACAAAAUUGUUCAGUCAAUCUCUUGUGAACCUCUCUACCCUUGAUAUUCCUGGAGUAAACAGAGGCUUCUCGUAGUUGAAACCUCGAGAUAAGAUUUGAGCUUUGACAUUCUCCUUACGUCGCUCACUCCUCUUCGCAGCUCUGAGCUGAAUUUUAAGAAUGAAGAAUGGAGGCUUUUUUUUAAUCCGCCCUUGUAAUCUUCAAAUCCUAUGAAAAUCCUCCUUUGAAAGUGGCGGCUCUGACCGGGCUGGAAUGAUGGAAAAGUAGAACUGACCACCACAGAUACAGAGGUCUCAGUUUACAGGACUAUUUUUUUAAUAUUUAUGACAGCUCACCAGUGUUGAAAGUCAAAACACCCAUCACUCACUCCAUGACCACCCUUUUCCACUUCAACUCUUGUGGCCCCUGAGGGCCUUGAAAGCAGCAACCAGUGUUUUUGAACUGGUGGGCAAAGAGGUGAAGCCCUGUGGUGGUGAGAGGCUGCAUCACCUCCACCCACUCUGUAACCCAUCUGUCAUGGCGGUCAGGACAGGAAAUCAAAGUGCAGCGGCCCUGUCCAUGCACGCCAUUGGGCUAGCGGCCGCCACGAUGAAUGGCCUGUCAGCGGCCCUCAACGUUGCCAGUUUAUUCAACGAUAAAUUUGGAAAUGUCUGGAUUUCCUCACUGGACCACAUUCCGGUUCAGUGGUGCAGUCAGAGAGUCGUGGCAACUCAUCCCCGCUUUGUCAACCUCAAACCUUUGAGAUGGUGUGUGUGUGUGUGUGUGUGUGUGUGUGUGUGUGUGUGUGUGUGUGUGUGUGUGUUAGAGGGAGGGGUGGAGCAUUUUAAACCACAUUUGUAAGUUGGAGGUGGACAGACAGUUGGCCUUUGCUCCAACUAAACCCAAAGAUUUCAAAUACCAAGAACACAUUUCAAAAUAAAUCAUAAAAAUCAACAUUCCUGAAAUCUGAACCAUACAUGUCAUCUUUGAAGAUACAACACUUAAGCCCCUUAAGUGAAUGAGCAAAUAGAUAAACCAAUUAUAACCUGAAAUCUGGAGUCACCUGAUUACUCCAGUACUCAUGUAAAACACAUUAUCUAACAUUAAUAGCUUAUGAAAAAUGAGUUUUUGGCCUCAGUGCAUGUACUAUAUGAUUUGGUCCCUUUUGUUUUAUUUGAUCUACACUUGAGUUAAGUAUGCAAGCAGAUAGAGAAAUGAAAGAAGGAGAAGAAACAUGUCAAGCCUCAGCGGCAGGAAGAAUGUGAGGAAGCAGCAGUUUUGCAGUAAAGCUGCAAUGAAAGUCAUUCUCAAUGAUAUGGAGGAGAUGAGCAUCUCUGUAGCUGGUGCACGUCCAUUAAAAAACCAUGAGAGCCACACUUACUUUGAAGACACUCUCUGAAUUGGCUUUUCUGGUUUUCUGAUUUAACUCCUAAAUGUUGGACAAAGUCAGUAACAAACUGCAGCCUUCAGUAAUACAGCUGUGGACUUUGCUUGGUGAUCCUCGAAGACUGCAGCUUUGUAUGGAGUGCUAGAAUGUAUUAGACUACAAAGCUACUGUUUUUGUCAAGUCCACUCAUGAUAGCUAACAGUUUCUUGGUUCACGGCAUUUGCAGUCGAGACACCUGCACCAUCAGGUAAUUUUGGACCACACUGAGUCGCCUUUUGUCUUCUGUAAACCCUAGUCCUUAAAGCUGACCAUGUGAGUCCACAUGCCAGUUAAUCCCUCCUGCUUGCAGAGGAGCACCUCUGUGUUGGAUCCACAAAUAGUGCAUUAAGAAAAAAAGGUCUUUGCAGAACACACACUCCAGCCUAGAUGAGUGUUUGGGUCAAGGUCUCUUAAAAUUAGCUAAAUGGAGCAAGGCAGUCUGGCUGCAGACCCCGACUGUCAGGACCCUUUGCUGUGGACCUCCACCUUGUGGACUCAUGUCCAUUGAGCGGACCAGAAGUUUGAUGGAAGCCCUUCAAAAUAAAAAACAAAUGCGGGAGUAUGUUUAUUUAUUUAUUUAUUUAUUUAUUCAUUUAUUUUUAUGCAGGAAGUUGAUUCAAAGCUUUUCAAAUUAAAAGCAACUAGACCGGGAAGUACGUAUUUUUUGUAUGAACAUUUUAUUUCUUGAGGCUUUAUUUUAUAUUAAUAAUGUUAAUAUGAUUUUUUUGUAUCUUCAUGUGUUCAAGAAAGACGAAAUACAAAAUGGGAUGACCACUUUAAACAAACUGGAGCGCUUGAGUAAAAACGUCACCUCGGGUUUCUCAGUGGAGGUGGGUCCUGACAGCGGAGGUCUGCAGCCAGACCCUUCUCAAAUGAACUGACAUAGUUAACACUAUCUGCUGAGAACGUAGCACACCCAGCAUCCCAUUUUCACUUGCAUUUUCUCAGCAAAGGAGCCGAGCUGUGGGAUACUACUGUGGCUAGUACACUGACAAGUGGCACUCAUGUAGCAUCACUUUAAAAUUUAUUUAAAGGAGAAGCUAUCAAAACCUCUAUUUUUCCUUUAAGUUCAGUUUUCUUUAACUUCGGCAGCAGACAGUACCUUGUGGUGGAGAGUAUGUGUCGAUCCUGAAGGACCUGGCUCGAAGGAGCGGAAAUGGUUUGGUAGCUUUGAGAGGUGGUUCUUUCUGAGUCAGAUUCUUUGGUCUAGGGGGAGACAGCUUCUGGUUUUGCAGGGCCAGUGCUGAUACUAGUUGUUUGUAGUUCAUGAGAUCAAUGGCUAAUAUUUGAAACCAAUUUGGGAUGACUGUAAACACAAAAACUUUCUGUCAAAAUCAAAAUUUGAAAUAUAACAAAUUUAAACACAAGUCCUGUUCAGCCAAAUGCUGAAUAUCAGCCCUGAUAAUCAGAUUGGGUCAACAACUGGUCUACCCUCAAUUUGGGUCUCAAUAAGGGUCUGAAUUCCCAUCACCAGGAGCAUUUGUACGAAGAAAUAAAUCAGAUCCAAACUCUGCUCUUACAUGGUGAAAUAGAUCGUGGACAAGCCUGCGUAGAUCUGAAGUAAUCUUUGGGUCUUUAUGGACAUAGCCAACAUGUUUGGAUUAAACUAUUACUGGGCCUGGGUCACAAGGAUCCGUUCCUUUAAAGUAGGUGGCUGACAGUCAAACUCCAGGUUUAAUGUACAUCAGCAGAAACAAGAUAAAUGGAUCAUGAUUAAAGUUUUACUGAACAGAUCAAAACAUGAAGAGGGUUCAAGUUUUGUAUUAAAUGUACCAGCUUUUUCUCCUCAGUGGGAGGAAAUCUAGGAUGGUGAAGAACUUAAUAACUAUCAUUGAAAGAAAUCCAACAAUUAACAAAUUAAUGAAACGCGUUUUUUUUCCCAAUAAUGCACAACUGAAGUGCAUGUUAACAUGUGAAAUCAGAUCAUUCCCUAAUUAUUCCCAGUUGUCAAAUUAGUGUGACCAUGCUUACACACUUAUUAAUUGCUGAGGUGGUUCUCCAUUAGAUCUUGUGCCCGACACUGUGUGUUGUAAUCUAACUCCUAAUUCUGCUUUUCUUACGAUGAAAAUUGAAGGUCUGAAAAAAGGAUCUUUUAAUUAAAAAUGAAUCAAAUAACUGUGAGGAAGGUUGGCAGUGGGAAACCAUUUAUCAGCAAUCUCUGCAGCUCACGUCAGGUCAACUGAGUUGUAAAAUCUUUUUUUUAAGCUUUUCUUCAUUUCAACACCUCAAAGCUUUCACAUCAGAACUGAAUUUCAGUAUCUGACUUAGUCAGUUUCAUUCAGAAAGCUUCAGAGUUAAACAAGGCAGGAAAGUAAACACCCGGUCUGUAAAUAUGUGGGGGUUAAUUUGUGUCACAUGAGUAGCCAAUCGAGAAUUGCCAUUAUCCUGUGUUGUUUCUAAUGGACAACAAGGGAUGAGAAUAUGAGCUGCAGACAUAAACAGUAUUUUUUGGUCCAUUACAUCCCCUGAAGGAGUUCCCAUUCAAGUGUUUCCAGGCCGGCUCAUUUUCACAGUGGACAGUAGGCUUCACUCUGGCUUACUGCAGAAGUAUUAUAAAACCAAUAUCCUUGUUUUAUGUACAAUAAACAGAUCAAAAGUUUGUUUAAAAAAAAGUUUAGCUUUCUUAAAAGUAAAUCAAUCUCUUCAUUUAUUUUUUUAACACAGGGUCAGAUCUAGCGUUUGUGUUGUACCCUGGGUUGUUUGAAGACCUUAUCUCUGACUGGCUUUUGCAAAAGCAGCAGGGGUGUGUGAUUGCAUCGUCCAAUAGCUCAGUUUUUAGUCUUUAACGAUGCCAAAAUAGAAAUAUUAAGUGUGUGUCUCAUUUUGCAAAAACUUUCAAAAGCGCGCCUUGAGAGUACACACACUCACUACAACUACAGGGCAUUGAGAACAUAUAUGACAUUCACAGAUGUUGUUGGACUGAAUUGCCGGAUAAAGGUCAUCUUCACUCGCAUGAAUGUGGUUUGGCUCUGACAAGACAGAUGUUGCUCAAAAGACGCCAAUCGACAAAUUAUGUUUGAAAGGUGUAUCUGUGACGGAAAGCUAAAUAGCUGACUUGUUUCAUCAUCUAUGACACGCUGUAGAGUCAAUCUAAUACUCCAUUAACAAGUGUUAAGGCUCAUUUAUGCUCGCCAUAGGUUUAAAAAUGUAUGUGUCCGUUUCAAACGAUGGUUACGUCACUGCCCACAUACUUCCAUGCGUCUUUUAAGUCAACAUGGAUGUUAACCAUUACAUCCACCAGGGGGCAGGCCAGAGUCAAAAGUCUCUGACAACAGCAAACAAAAAGAAACAUGGCGACUGUGGAGGAGCUAGUGAUAAUGGAGGCAGCGUUAAAGGGGAUGGUGGUCAGUCAGGCCACUAGAUGCCACAUGGUUGGAGGAUGGAGAAUUCUUUCCUGUAGUAGUACCGAUGAGAGAAAUUGAUGACGAUCCUCAAAAAGCCCGCCGUGGUCUUCUUCGUUUCUCUAGAGAUGCGUAUCGGGUAGUGACAGCAGCAACACUACCCCCACGGUUUCCGGUGGUACUGCCCCGUCAGGCCCGUAUCCUUAAACUUCAAGGAUACAUUUAGAAAUACAGACGAAAAGAACAUGAAGCAUGGACGGAGAGCUCCAUCCAUAUCCAAAUCCAUAUGUCACGUUGAGCAUAAAUGACCCUUAAGACUCUCUCAAACUUGUAUGCAGAUAUCUGCUCAUGAAGAGAUGAAGUUGUUGCCACAGUUUCAGCAUUUUAAUAGAAUAUCUGUAGCUACAGAUUGGAGAGUAAUAAAUCAAAACCCUGGAUAUGUUUUAGGGCGUGGCUACCUAUGAUAUGACCAAAGUCAUUGCCGUAGCAUCCAUCCAUCCAUCCAUCCAUCCAUCAUCCAUCCAUCCAUCCAUUCAUCCAUCCAUCAUCCAUCCAUCAUCCAUCCAUCCAUCCAUCCAUCCACCAUGCCACUCCUCAUUCUUUCACUAAGUCUCCAAACCUGUCCUCUAUUAAUACAGGAAUAAUAGCCUGGAAAUAUAACUAAAGACCUAAGAAUAAUUAUCAUUAUAGCAUGACAAAGACUUUAAUUCUGAGCAUGAGGCUUCAAAAAAGGUGGGCCGCAAACUAAUGGAUAAUCUUUGAUUGGCUUCUUAUACGCAGCUUAUGCUUGUUAAGAAAUUCAACAUUCAGCAGCUGCAGAGCCAGGGGUACCGAGCUGGUGGAGAUUGUAAAAAUUAAAGUAGAUAAUGGACAUGUACUCAUCAGAUGUCAGGGAGAGCUACCAUGAAAAAAAAAGAGUGCUAACGCCACUAUAUAUCUUCUAAAUGUGUAAAUGGGCAGCUGUCUGCAGCUCUAUGACCUUUUUCUAAAUAUACAGCUGCCCAAAAAGACCAAAACUGAUGAAAUCUGCUUAAAGGUUGUGAUGUUUAGCUCUGUUCUUGUCUACUAGGCCAUCCCAUUGUAUGCAGGGUUCAUUUGGCAUUAUGUCUGAUAAAAUGUAUGAAACUUUUAGAAAGUGAGCUAUUCUCAUUAAUAAUGAGAAAAGUUAUAUGAAUCAGUCCGCAGUGUUAUAUCAUAAACUUGGUGUCAUUUUAGUGCAACAGACAGCAAGUUGUUUUAUACAGCUUUUGACACAUGUCAUAAUGAACGUGUCACUUUGAUUUGUUUGAAUAAUUCAAUCAGUGCUUUUGCACACAAACAACAGUGUCCCCAAGCUGAGAAGCAGAAACUACAAUCUGCUCUGCAGUGCAAACUGUAGAUGGGAAUGACAGCACAUAUUUUGUGAGCAACGUCUACGGGCUGUGCCACUAAAUUCUGAAAUGAUUCACUCUUGCUCUACAAUCACAACAGAGCCUCAUUGAUGGCGGUCUCUCCCUCACACAGUCAGUCUGCUCUUUGCGUUGUGCCUUCUCCCCAUUUCAUUCUUAAACACACUGAAAAUAUUCCACAUGCUAUCACGACUUCUUUAUCCAUCUUUAACAAAUCAGCCCUUGCGUGGGAGAUAGCAGAUCUUCACGGGGCGCCCGAAUGAUGAAUUUAAAUGUCUUUAGUUGGUAUUCUCUUUUAACUCGGGGUGCAGGGCCUACCCAUCCAAGCAUUAAACUAAUCAGAGUAGCAGAGAAUUACAGACUUUUUGAAGUGAAAAGGAUGAUUUCCAUUCUGGUCUUCUUCAAGGCAGCAUUUGGCAUGCAAAGGGAGCCCCGCUUUGAUUAUGACCUUGGUUGUAAAUUCUAAGCAAAUCAUCGCAGCCUGUUUCUUCUAUAGGCGGCAGGGCUGUAAAAGUACGGGCAUCUUUAUGGAACAAAAUGAAAAGAAUUUUUACAGCUAAAUCAAUUUGGCAGCACACAAAGCUCAUAUUUCAUAGCUCCCUGAAUAUGAAUUCUUACUCCGCGUCGGCUUUGACCUCCCUUGUGGUUGAGCGUAGAGCGACACUCAGUGUAUUUCUGCAUUGUUGUUUUCUCCGAGCUUGAAACUGCUCCAUCGUUGGCAGAGCGCUGUAAACGAUUGGAGUUAUGCGCCUUCAGUCUUGUGUCCCGUUCUAUUUUCUGCCUGAUGCCAUGAUGCUGAUUUUCUGAGAAGGCUCCACUUGAAUAUUAAAUCUGCUGCUCAGACUAACACGCAGCACUGUACAGUACACACAGGGUCAUAAUAGUUUUUUGAUGCAACCAUUUUCUUUGUGUUUGCAUUAAAAGAGGGCAUCCUGGAGGGCUAUCGGAGUGAGAUUUGAAGUGAGUCACUGUGGCUGUACAGACCCUCUCUGCAUUACAUUCAACAGAGCCACUGUUUGCUUUUGCAAGGCAUAUUGCACAAUCACUCUUUAUGCCUCAAGCCUGUAUUCAUCCACAACCAAUUGUCUGAGAGUACUCCACAUUAUAAUAUCUCUGCAGCCCAGACCGUGCUGCAUCACUGCUACAGAAAUCCAUCAUGAGCCACCUCCAUCAUGUUGCAUGUUGCAAAGAAAGACCUGAAUUACACUGUCAGCCCAAGCAGGGGAUGCAUGUAAGGGGAAUAUUUUCUAUUUUAAAGCAGCCCCUGGCAAUGUCAAACAAUGGCAGAGCUGAUUGUUGGAGAGUGGAGAGUUUGAGAAAAAUUAAGCUGCAAAGACCUAGAAGUCCUAUGAUGUGUUCCAAGCACACUCUAUGUAGCCCUCCCUGCUUUGCACGGAGAAAGGAAACAAUCUAACAGUGUUAUGUUGGGCUUCCUCUCGAGGGAGCGCCAUCCUACUGCUACUACCAGAAGUUUCAAUUUGUCAUUCCCUGUGGGUGGAGUAGUGUACACACCUGACACGAGAAUUAAAUUUGGGCAAAUAGAGUACAUCUCCAGCUCCUCAGUUGGUGGGGAUGCUAUGCUUUCCUCUCUCUUUCUCUGCAGCCCCACUGGGUGCUCAGGAUUGCAUAAAAAUCAAGCACAGUGCAGCUUAAAAACCCCUACUGCAUUUGGAAACAACACAGGUACGCUUUUGAGAACAUGAAGAGCUUUUUAGAGCAGAAAGUCCGACCUGUAUUGUCAUCAGGAUACGAGAGCUGCUUCUCUAAACGUUAAAUGUGGACUGACUCUGGGCCAUCGCGCUGCUUUUUGUUCUGCUUGUAGAUAAACGAGCCUCAUCUUGUAACUGCAUAACACAGCGCUCAUCUCCAGAAGUCGCUCCGGCUGCUUCGACUCUUCCCUUUUCCAUUGCUCCUGAUUCAUUUCUGGGAGCUUCAGAUUAAAUUGCAUACUUAAGCACCAUUACAGGUUCUUGGACUUCAGCAGAGAGUGGUUCACCAGCAUAAAUAUUGAUCAGACUGGUGUAGAGUAUUCAAAUAGCAUGUGAAAUCAAGCGGCGAUAUUCCCUUUAAACCAGGCACAUUAAUAUAAAGCGCAUGUGUUGCUCCACUGCUUUGCUGCUCGACUUGUUUAGCAGCAGAAGAUCACGGCGGUGUCAGGAAGUGUAUUGCAUGGGGUCAGUCAAACAUCUGCCUCUCUCACCUGGUGUCCUAUUACAUGCUACCUACUGCGCUGCACUCGUCAAACGCUGUUAAGGUAAUGAGAUGCACUUGGCUGUGGCUGCCUUGACUAGCAUAUGCUCAGUCCAAUAAGAUUUCUGUUUGAUGUCCAGAGCCGUUGAUAACAAGGAGAGGGAGGGAGAGGGCUGUGAGAUCAGACCGGGCGUGGAGAGAAGAUUAGGCCUGAGCUCUGCAGAGGGUACAUCCAGAUAAACUCAUUUAGAUUAGCUUUUAUUUGCAGGAUUGAGUUGCUUAACCUCCUGUUUAAGCUGAUGCAACUGUGUGAUAUCGGUCAGCAUAUUAACGGAUAAGGCCGCAUGAUGAAAAAACCAUUGCUUUUUUUUUUACCUUUAUGCAACCUAUAAUGUAGUGUGAAAUUUGUAUUCUAAGUGAUUAGGAUUCAUUAGAAAUUUCAUUAACAUAUUUAUACUAUUAAAAAUGAGGAUUACUGAGUUUAUUUUCUGCUUUUGAAAUUAAAUCCCUAUACAUGCUGCAGCUCGCUGACAAACACCUACAAGGAAAAGUAGAUUCACAGGAGAAGCAGAGAGUAUAGGUGGAGCAAAACAUUACUUCAGAAACUUAACUAAUCACUUCACAUAAUCAAUAAUGUUAAAAAUAUGUUUUAUCUGCAUCACAAGCCCCAUCACAGUCACUCAUUAUGAAACAAAAACUCACCAUCCUCUUCCGCAUAGGAUUUUCACAUCACUACCAUGGGCAUGUGAUGGGACACGAUACAGUACAGCACACUUUAUUGUCCCCUCAGGGAAAUUUGUCUUGGACUCAACUCCUGCACAUGCCCAGCUGCAUCCACAAUAAUACCAAUAAAUAAAAAAGUGGAUAAAACAAUGUUUAUAACCCACAUGCAAACACAGAGAACACAAACCGAGGAGGCAACAACAAACAAGCAACAUGCAGUACAGUCAUAGACACUAAAAUUAAACGCACAGGCAGCAAGACAAUGGUUUGCAUGGUUUGUCAAAGUUUCUGACUGUAGCAGCAUCAUGACUAGUGUGCAUGUUUACAUUCUAUGGUCAUGUGGCAUACAUUAUGUUUACAUGUUGCUAAAAUAAAUCGAUUCCUUGCACUAGUUUAACUAAAACCAGACUGUAAAGGUAAAUGUAAGCACGGUAGUCCAGCUAAAACUGCAACAAAUAAAAACUUCUCACAGUCAGACAAACAUUUCCCAGAGAACGUGGUUGGGGAUAAUUAUCUUUCUUGUGUCUAUCAGAUUGAAAUUGGCCAAAGUAUUGUGCGAAUGCCUAUGGGUUUGUACGCCUGGAAAAUUGAACAGCACAAACACAAUUCUAGGAAUUUGUGUAGCGAAUUUAAAAAGACAAAGAAAAAGAAGAACCUGUUGUAUCAUAUGACCAAACUGCACAGAGCUGUAAAAGUGACUGUGCUUUCAUUAUUCACCACUUACUAAUGCAUGUAAAGGAUUGUUUUGGUCCAGUAGUGACGAGCUAAAGGGGGAUGUGUCGCCACUUACUUUGAGAUGGCGGACAUGCUUCUGCCAUAAUUCAAAUCUGGUCAAGUGACCGAACUGGGACAAGAACAGUAGUCCAGUUACAUUGCUUCAACCAGCCAUAAAGAAAGACUGUAUAUACUAAGGACAACUUGGCUCAGCCUUCCGCCAUUAUAUGAAUUUAAGGCCGAACUGCUCUUGGUAUUUCUGGGAUUUUCUCCACUUCCUGGAACCACAACUUGCACAGAAGCGUUUUACGCAUUCGAUGGAAGAGUCGCCGAGAGUCGCUGUGAUGACACUCGGCUCAAACUGCGUAUCCCUCCAGGUGAACUACGCAAUCUUUGUACGUCCAUAGGCUGUAUCAAGUGUCAAUCACAGAAAACAUGAAACCCCUAAUAACUUUUAAAAAUGGAGCUGUACAGAAAAAAGAGGACUUGAGCACAAACCAGUUUUACAGUAACUACAAGUCAACAUCACAAGCAGGGGGGGAAAAAUUAUAUUCUAUGUAAUUCAUUUCUAAAGUUCAUCCACAGCUCCAUAGGGAUCACUGAAGGAGAUGGGAUUUAUGACCUAUACUGCAGUCCAUCACCAGAGGGUGCUGUUCCCGCUGUGGCUUCACCCAGCAAGGCUGCAGAGGGCAUCCAUUCUAUGUACAGUCUACGACCAUAACAGUAGCUUGACUUAACUAAACACACUGCUCAAUAUAGACACUGCCUGGACUGUGGUCACUUUCCCUACACCUGUUUAAGUGAGAAGCUGCUUUGAAGUGAUUUCAUACUGAGGUUUACAUAGACUGACCCUCGACAAUGAGGAAGUGGUGACAUCGUGACAUGUUUAAGGUCAUAUGACUGACACCACGUCGUAUUGGCAGAAUAACUUUAUUUACAUCGACUUAGUGUGUCAAAGUUAUCCUUAAGAAAUGUUAUAUUCAAUAAAAUGUUGAUCUUCAGAGAGAAAUGAGGGUGAAUGAUGUGAUCUUCAAUGAUGUUAAAACUAUUUUCACUACACAGUGUGAUUACAGCUAAUAUACAUUUAUUACGCAUUAUGAUUAACACAAUCUUGUUGAUCUUGUUAAUUUGCCCUAACAAUACUCUGUUAUUGAAAAAAAUCUUUGUUAUAAAUGAUUUUUUUUAAAAGGUAAAAACAACUUUGUUUCACCAAUAUGACAAAAUAAUUGGAUGUUGAGGAAAAUAAGGCUUGUGUAAAUACACAUAUCCCCUCACUUGACUCUCUGUUAGAAUAACCCUUUGAAAUGCUGUAGUUUAAUCUUCCAGCUGGUUGCAGGCAUUUUAUUGGCGUGGCAACCCUUGUGGUCUUGCCGACCUUUGGUUGCGGUUUCUAGGUGCUUCACCCCUUGCUCCAUUGUCAGAGUUAAUGAGCGAGAGGAUUGAGCUUAUAAAACCAAAUGUGCAUGUAACAGACAUAUAAACUCUUGUAAAGUCUCACCUCGGACCUCAGAUUCUGUGAUUUUUCCUCCUCACAAGGUCAGAGUAUUUAUAAUUAAGUAUGCACCAGAGUAGUUUAUGACAUUAUACAUGGUAUCACUCUUACAAAUAUAAAGAAAUAUCGUCUAGUGAAGGAGAUACUUGCAAAAUGCAGUGAUUUGAUAAUGGCAGGAAUAAAAGAUGCCACUUUGGGAAAAUUGCUCAAAGCCUCAAACUUUACAAUUGAACCAAAUUUGAUGCUUUCAUUGAAAAUAGUGAUUAUAUUAAUUCAAAUGGAUAUUUCAGUGUGUUUUAUUCAUGAUUUAGGUCGUGUUUCAUUUUGUUGCAGAAGAUUUUGUUGAAUAGUGAUUUAGAUCACCACAUGAGUGAGAAAUUAGAAUAAUUAACGUGUAUAAAAAUCAAGCAGACAGUUUAUCGUUGAACUAACAAGUCAGUGUGUGGAGCAAUAAUGGAGAUUUGAUGAAUCAUUAAAAUCAAUUUACACCAAAAUAAUCUUCCAUCAGCUUCUAAAAUGUACAAAUAAGCUUAUCUUUGUCACAUGUGCUGGUAAAGUGUGUGUGUUUUGGAGGGUUUGCAACUUUGACUUUGUCAUCUUUAAAAUUGUCUACCAUCAUGGAGACCAAGCGAGGAGUAAAUGUCAUGAUAACCAUGGUGACAGAUCGAUCCAGCUUCUUCAUUAGGGGCACAUUUUAACGUGAUGAGGACCACCUGCUCCUGACAUUUGUUUGUUUAACCUCUCUUGAUUUAGUCACUUGGCGUCUUCUCUAACAAAUCUCAUUCACAAAGUGGUUCAGCUGGGAUUUUCACACCAGAGAGCCUGAACUCCAGCUGUGAAACAUCAGCAGAUGAACACAGAAAAAAUAGUGUCAGUGCUCAUAUUAAAAGUAAAAAUAAAUAACAAAAUCAACAUGGGCUGUCAAUAUAAUGUCCUCACAAAGGGUUAAAUUUGACAAAAUGAAGAGGGGAUACUUUGGCAUGAACUAAGAUGCUAAAAUUUAUAUCAAUUUCCCUGAGUCAGCAUCCCCAGAUAUAAAAAGAAGACAGCUAAUCGAAGAGGACGGAGAAAAUGUGUAGAUACAUAGGAGGAAAAAACAUUUCAUUAUAAAGCAUGCUUUGCUGUAGGGUUUUCAUACAUGCAUAAUGCAAAAUGUUUCUGAUCCUCCUGCAAAAUUGAUAAGCAUGCAUAUCACAUCAUUUGCAAAUUAUACUGUAAGGUUUCAUUAAUUUAUGAAAUUAAAAUUCUCUACUUCAAAUUCGAUUCAUCACAGCAGGCGUGUUUAAGUCAAACAAGUGUUGUUCAGAAUGAAACAAAGGGACAUGUAACUCAGAUGAUGAGUAUGUAGCACUCUUUCCGUUGGGCCAAAAAAGAGACAAACAUUGAAUGUACAAGUCCUCUUAAAGAAUGUAUGCCCCGUAAGAAAAGCUGGUAGGUUUACACGUGAAGUAGCUUUAAAUCGACUGAAAUAAAUAUAGGAACAACUAAUUGUGGAAGAAAAAAAAAAAAAAACAGCAACUAAGGUACUAAAAGCAUGUCAGCUUUGUUUAAAAUAUAAACCUUAAAUUAAAGAUGUGAAACUAUGUCCCUGGACAUGCUUUCUCAGGAUGAAUAAGGAACAUGUCUAGGUCAUUACAUCAGUGCCUGGUAAAAAUAGGGAAUAUUUAAUUGAGUCAUUACUGGUUUAAAAAACCUGAAACAUGGGCUUCAGAUGUGACCACAGGUGCUCAGGUGGAGAUAACCCUUCUCUGCUGUGGCCAUGAUCACUACAUGAACUGACUAAUCUGAGUAAUGUUUGCCAUUCCUCACCACUCAAGCCACAGUUUGUCUGUUUUGAUCAGAUUUAGGACAGGACAACUGAUCAGCUAGUUGAAACUUCAUUCAGGGUUUGAAUAUAAUUCAAACAGUGAAGGCCUCAUAAGCUGAAAUUAGUAUUUGAGCAGCAGCACCUUUCAUUUGAAGUGGUGACCCGCUACCCCAAUGUGACCUCUCACCUCUCCAAGAGGGAGCAACACAAUAUUUUAUUGAUGGAAUUCAUGUUCACUCCUUUUGUUUUAGCAGCAUGUUUCUCAUCUAUGAACAAUGUCUUCACUCUGCUUGCACACUCCCACCAAGGCCUUCCGUUGCUUUGUGCCUCACACAGCAAUGGUUUUACUUUCAUUUUGGCAUUCCUGUUAAAAAGUUAGAGCUUUCUAACUGCUAGUGAAAAUCCAGAGAAUAGAAAACUUGCCUUUUCUCAACAUGGGUCUUGUUUGUCACUUGGCCAAAAUAGACAGUUUCACAGCCUUGUACAAACAACAUUUGUGUCUACUAUUGUAGAGAACUACUAGUAUGAUUUUCAAAGUAAGAGCCUGAUCUGUUUUUUUUUUCUUCCUCUUGUGACUGUCCUUGCGGUUGCUCAAUGAAAAUGGCUAUGUAUCCUGAACAGUUAUUCAGUGAACAAAAGUCGCUUGUAAAGUGCUUUAUCUGGAUUCCUGCAAAAUUCUCAUGCCUUUAGGUUUUAAAAAAAAAAAGAACUCCAAAACACAAAAUUUACAACAAUGUCAAAGAGCAGGGACUGUGCAGCCAUUUAAAUCAAUAUGUAUGUACACAGAUAUGAAAUAUUAAUUGUCAAUUUUGGCGCCCCCUCUGGACAAAGCAGUACACAGGGGACAAUGUUUAUUUAAGUUUAUGGAAUGAAAUGAAAAUUAUAUUGAUGCCUUUUCAUGAUACCUUAAUCAAAACAAGACCAUCAAGACUGACUGACAAUGUGCACAGAGUCAUUUGUAAUGCCUGAAACUGGUACAAGAGGGCAGGUGACAGCUGAGCAGCUGAAGAAACAAACCUUAAAUAUACAAUUUCCACAUAAAAUAUUCACAAUAAAUUAUUUAAUAUAUUUGACUGUCAAAAAUCAGCAGGAUUAGGGUUAGAGGAAUCAAAGGACAAGAUAAGCAAAGGCCGCUUUGUCCACAGAGGGCACCAAAAUUCACCCAGACUGAAGGUUUCUCACAGGAGCUUUAAGUACCAUGUUUAACCAAGAAUCCCAUCCUGCUGACUCAUGACAGUUAAAUGUAUUAUUUUUUUGUAAUAUUUUCUGUUGAAAUGGUAGAAACAGCAAUGUUUCUACUGCUGCUUUGCUGACACCUAACCCCUUGUUCAAGUUUGAGGAAUCAAAAAAUUACUACGUUGAUGUUUUUGGUCUUGUUUCUUUUGGAUCGAUAUGAAUUUCAGUUUUUUUUAUUAAUGUAAAAAAACCCUCUAAAUAGGAGCUUGAAGCACAGUUAUCAUGUAACAUUUACUUUUUUACCGACCAGUAUCUCACUGACAGGCAGGCAGUCACUGAGUGACUGUAAGUCUGUGGUCUGAAUUUUGCUAAAACGUCCUUAAGCAAGCUGAACCCCAAAUUUCCCUCCGUUGAUGGGUGUCUGAAUGAACCACUGGAUGUAGUGUUCAAUUACUCUGCGAUCGAUAAUGACCAUAAUUAUUAGUUGCAGCAGUCAACAUGAGGCUUUCAAGAGCAAAACAUAAAUCUGAGCGGUGUGAGGUGGGUUGUAUGGGUUUAAGAAUUGUGGUGGAAGUGUUCAGGGUCUGUGAAUGCUCAUUGCAUUUUAAAAAUUGAUAUCUGCAGCCUCUACAAAUCAAUUUUGACUGAUUACCUGGGCUAUUAAUAUUAAUGUCGCCUCACACAAUGUUUUAAAUCUUCCAUGAAUGAUCCGUUGAACACAUAUCUGAUUUGAUGCAUGUUAAUAUGAUUGUCAUGCUCUCUAAACUGGCAGCUCCAUUUUCUUCCUUGAUAACGCCACUUCUCUGAAGACAGGAGCAUACAAAGGGAUGGAGAUAAUCAGUCUGACUUAUUAUUGUUUGCCGGUGUCGUGAUUAAAGUGUGAUUGGCUCUCAGGGAAAAAGAAAAGACACAAUGCCAGGAAGUUUACGCCGAGCCAGCAUGGAACGACACUACGCUAUGCUGUCUUUAUGGGAAAUUAUACCAAACACAACACAUAUUGUCAUGAAUAAUUAACAGGACCAGCUUUACGAGGAGUGGAAUUUUAAAUAAAUGCAGUUGGAAACUAGAGUUUGCAUGGGUCGCUCCUGACAAUAAAACCAUGUAAAACCUUGCUUCCAUCUUUAGCGGCCCGCAAGUAAUUACAAUCUAUAAAGGAAGAUUGUUUUAAUAUGGAAAUGGAAUCCUUGUCGUAGUUCAUUCAGUGCAGCCUGUCAUAUAAUUUUAUGGCAAAUUCCCUGAGGAGAAACAGAGCCUUUCUCUCUGCUUCCAAUCUGGUUUCAGCUGUACGGCACAGUGCUGAGCCGUGUCUGAAGAGUGCGUCUGUUAAAUCUGAUAUAGCUUUUUUUUUUUUUCUUUUUUUUUUUCUCAGAUAGGACUAACUACUCAUGUAUCUGCACCGUAUUAAUUAAAAACACAAACAAGACAAUAGAUGCAUGAAUGAAGUGAGUGUUUUUACAGAUCAUUAUUACCGUCUGACUGAAGAUCAGUAAAUAGCUGAAUGGAUUUUAGGAUGGAUAAUUGGUUGUUUUUCUGCGUUCCCUGUACGUUGCUAGGGUCAACCAGUAUUUGGAGUUUAAUAACCUCAUCAUGCACACCCGUUUUUGACCCGCAGUGACGCACAUUGAAUCAGAGGCACUCUGAGAGUGAGCGAGCGCUCCAUGCAGUGUAUUUCAGACAAAGCUAUUAAGAUAUUUGUGCUCUUUUACUUCACUGAGCUACAAAGUGUGUGAUCAAAGCGCUGAUAUGUUGAACACAGUCUCACAUCUUUGCUCGUAGCUGUGUGAGUUCGAACCCCCCCGGUGUGUGUGCUGCUGCUGCUUUUCUCUUGUAUAGUGUUAUGAUGCAGUGAUAAGGUCAUCAGGCUGCCAGUCAGUCCUCAGAGGACCGAGUCUCUCUCUUCUCACAUGCUUCCUAUCGGCUUGGUGCAGCCCUCCAGACGUCAUUCCUGACAGGAUCAGGAGCCCGGACAGCAACCUGGUGUCAUCCUUCAUACUGCACGCUCGUCCUUACCGUGUGUGCUGUUUAUCAUGUGAAACAGAGACGUGGGUCAAGUGUCUUCACGCUGCUGAGUGACAGAAACCCCCCUGUCACAUGAAUUAACUCCUGUAUGUAUGAUGGAGCACUGGCCGUGGUUUAAGGGCACUUUGUGAAGCACCCCACACACCCAACCCACACAACUCGCCACUUUAACUCCCCCCACCCGACUUAGUAUUCUUCUCCUUCAGGCUCAUAACAUGAAGCCUAUUCAUCUGCUCAAUGUUGAGACAUGGCAGGGAGAACUGAUAUGUGAUGGCACCUCUGUCCUCCAAGCAACCACCAAGUGUGCACGGACUCGUCAGUGACAGGAGGGUGGUGCUGAGUAGUGGGUGGGGGAGGGUGGGCAGCAAGUCUAAUGGUAUAAAAUAAAAUGUGCGUAGCUGCUCUUCCUGGAGGUGAUUACUUUUCAUGACUCACAAGAAGGCUGGAGGUAAUUUUCUUAUGUAAAAGUACAAUAAUCUCAUCAGUCUAAAUGACAGGGUGCAGCCAUCACAUGCCUGCGGGCUCCUCUUUAGCCUGACAAAAAUGUGCUGUUGGCUAGUGUUACUGACAGUAAGAAAAGAUGCUUUGAUAAAAAUAGAGAAGAGCCAAAAUGACUGUUGUCAGUCCACCUUUAAUUACAGUAUUUCUUUUCAGUAGCUUUGCAUCAUUCCCAGCUCACAAAAUCCUUUUUUAUCUCAAGCUUGUUUCUGACUUUGGCAUCAAAUCUACGCCACAACAUAUGCUAUCGUUUUCUGUUGUUCUGUACACUCCCAGAAGCCUUUGCAGGCAACCUGAUUUUAACAUCCACAGAAACUUAACAAUGUUCCGAAACAGCACAGCUCUGCCACCUCUGCGUCUAAUCGGCCGUGUUGAGCCAUAUUGCAGGUUAAAGAACAUAUUUGUCAGCCCAUUCGCUAACAUUAGCAUUUAGCCACUUCAUAGCCUACAUUUCCAUCAAAAAACACUGAUUUAUCUCCGGCUGCAGCUAUCGAAUAUUUUAGUAAUCGAGUAUAUUAUCAAAUAUUUCAUCAAUUAAUUGAGUAAUCGGAUAAAACAUUUAUAUAUAUAAUUUUUCUUAAAUUAAAGUGCAAUUAUUAAUAUACAAGAGAAUAUAAGACAUUUAACUUAAUAAUGAACAAUCAAUUGUCUUCCUUUUUUAGAAACAGGGAAUGCGGGACAAGUGUGUGCAGUAGCAGAUUGCAAUGCUUGUAAGAAAGCUUAUUAUGAUAUUAACUUUCAUCGUGCCCCUAAAGACAUUAGUGUCUGAGAGCUGAAUCGCUCUUGUGUUACCUGCUUCUGCUACUACACCGACAAUGUUAGGCUGCAAGCUAGCAUGAAGAGGAGUGUGCAGAGCAGCGCUGUCUCUGCCCACGACUCAGAGACGAAUUGCUAAUGAUCUACUGGAGCUCUGCAGAAGAAAAGACCCUUCUCUUCAUUCAUUUUUUCUGCUAUGAAAAACCAAAAUCGCACUUACUCCUCCUUCUUCCUUGGUGACGUAACGAGUUGUGUCACCCUGAAAAUAAUGUGUGUGAAACAUUAUUGAGCUUAUAAACGAGUACUCAAGGCAAAGAAAAUCUCUAUCAUUUUUUCGUAAUCAAGGUAAUCGAGGUACUCAAGGAAACGUUUCAGCCCUAGAUACAUCAUAAGAGGAUGAUCGCAGUGAGAAUACAGUCCACAAGCUAACUUUGCAGAUACCCGAGAGGGGCAACAGCAGCAGCAACAACCUCGAUGGGAACAACGUGAUACUUGAAGGGGAGUCCUGAGCACAGCAGAAACUUUUCAGGACGGACUGAUCAGGUGGAUUGGUUCCCCCCUCGACUUUGUAGGCUACCAUGCCCUGAGCAGAUAUCUGUGACUUGCGGAUGUCAGCUCCUCUGAAGCCUUGACUUUUGAAGCCUCAGGGAUGACUUUGAAAUGUGUUUACUGGAUUACUUAAAACACAGAUUAUGAACAUUCAUCUUUGUAAUAUUAUAUACAAGACAGAAUAAGAAAGAUUUGCAUAAUGAGACCCCUUUACAUAAAGCUUUAAACAUGGGUUACAGGCCCUGAAGGCUGCUUAGUAGAGGCAGUGGAGCUGAGGGGAGACUUAUGGAGCAUUGAAAAUGAAAAAAAGGUUCACCUUGUUGAGAUCACCUUCCAGGCAACAGCGCCUGAAAGUGACUUGAAGAAUGCUUAUUUGAUUCAUUAAUUUUGUUCAGAAAUGUCUCAAACUCUUGUUCAGUGUCAGCUCGGUAGUAAAGGAGUAAUCUGGCAUGUUUUAUAUAUACGUUGAGAUUUCCAGAUAGCAAUAAAGAAAUUUAGAAAAGACAUGACAAGGCUCGUGCUUGCAACCGGAUUUAGCUACAACAGAUGUAGACAGUACUUAGAUUUUUAGUCAUGUCACAUAACUUGUUGAGGAAACAAAGAGUUAUGGGGAAUAAAAGCUAAGCUGCAGCUCUCCUCAGUUACAUUUGUUUUUGGGUGACUUUAAAAAAAAACAUUUUUCAUUGUUUAAUAAGUUUAUCCUUCACUCCAGAUCAGACCGAAAGUAAUUCUAUAAUAACGGCUAACACACUGCCUGUCUGAGACAGCACUAAAAUAACUCAUGUCACUGGUACAAAAGCUUUUACCCAGUCACAAGUAUGUCGUUUUAAUUUUUAAUGUUUUUUUUUUUUUCCUGCAACCAUCUGGCAACCAUCUGGUGACACCUCCCUGCUGUGGUCAGGACCCAAAGGUUAAGAAUCACUGCUCCAAACAACAGAACCAGAGCGAGUAGAUAUGCAUAGAGUAGUUCUGCAUUAAAAACAGUUAAAAACCAGGUUUUGAGUUUUUUUUUUUUAUUUAAAUUAAUUCAUUCCUGUGGUCCUCUCUUACCUGUAUUUUUUUACUCUCUCCCCUCAGUAUGUCCUAAUAAAACAAUAAAGCCAUAAAAAGUUUGAUUCAGAUGCUAAAUUCUGAGCACAGCACUACAGUCUUGGUUUAACGGUGCUUUUUAUUGUUUUAAGAUGCAAAAACAACUAAUAGAUCUUUUCUGUAAGUUGGCUAUGCUUCUUAAUUUGGAUUUGCUGGUAAUGAAGUGGCAGAAGUUUAGAAAACUUUCUACAGUGUUUUGAUCAUGCAGUGACAAACACUGUUGGUGAUGAGGGCAUUCUGCUCUUGAAACAUUUAGCACUGAAAACUAAAAUAUUUUGCCCUGAGCCUGCCAGCUGGAUUCGCCAGACAUGGCCCUGAGACAUUGUGACCGAAUGAUGUUGCUAAAACAGAGGUCACAAAAACACUAUAAUCAGGAGUAAAAUCUGGAGCCUUUCCAGGAUGUCUUGCUCUGAAAGUCGGAAGUCUCUGCACUUAUGCUGAGGUGAUUUUAUGAGUCAUUUGUGUUGAUCAACAACCCUUAUAACCUUUGCCAUUAUUACAGCCAUUUUAAGCCGUAGAGCAGUUAGCGGCUCACUUAAUGAACCUUUAAGGGUGUCGAGAAGAACAAGAAACAGCCGUAUAAAGGAGUGAUGGUUGCUGAAUGCCAGAGAUUGACCUUACAGAAACUGCAGCACAGACUCUCCUCUAAUCUACCUUCACUGAGCUGAUUUUAUUUCAGUGUCAGCCCAAACACUUUUCUCUGGCAGCUUUCCACUCAAUAAAGAAAAGAAGGAAGAAAGUGUGUUACUUUUCCCACAUCAUUACAAAAGUGAAGCGAGUUUCCAGAAGUUUCCUUGGGCUUUAUUGUUAUAUCUGGAGCAACUAAAGAUCCUUGACAGGCAUUUAUAUUGUUGUUAUUUAGAAGUGGGCUGAUUUCAAGCUUGGUUAGCUUUGGUGUACUCACACCUAUUAGUGUUGUUCGGCUAUGGUUCGGGAAGUUAUCGAUCCAUCUUGUGGUUCAAGUUUGAGGCUACACCAAACCUUCUUUUGAUUAAAAAAAGACAAACAUGAAACUUGAAAUUUGUCAUCUUUUCUUUUCUUAAAAUAACGUGGUUUGUUCCCCUAAUGGAUUUUUGAAAGCAGUUGACGUCCUUAAGCAAUUUACUGUGAUUAAAGCCUGUUUAUCUUUAAAGCACGCAACUAUUAACAGUAAAUAGUUUCUCCUCAAACACACCAGGAAGCCAAGAAUAAAAAGACAAUUAAAUAUGUUCCCUUUGGUUUCUGAAUAAUUUACCCAAACAAAACUGCAGCCUUGACAAUAAAUGCUCAAUCAAUUUGUCAGCAACAAAGUGCCACAUAGAGGUUUCAUUUAAUGAAUCCUAACGUUGAAAACAUCAUUGUCACAGCUCCUCUUUUGUUUGCUCUGUCUCCAUUGUGGCUCAUUAAAAAUUAUCAACCAAUCCAUGUGCAAGCUAUAUUUGCGAUUCUGGGCACAAAGCUCAUUUCUCUACUUUGACACAGGUUUACUUUUAUUUUAAAUGCUGAGCAGCUCUUGCUUUUCAACAUUCAAAGGAAAUCUUAAAUUAAUUCAUCCAAACCCAUUUAAAUAGGAAUCUUGUUCAUUUCAUCACGCAAUCUGCCGAGCAAAAGUUUGAAAAGUGUUUUAUCAACUCUUUGAGCUCCCCUGACGUGAUAAAGUCAAGAUGAAGAACAUUUAUUUAUGUAUUAUCUUUCGCUCCAAAGUAGUCCAUUUGCAGCCGAAACACCCUGGUGAAUUGUAUGUUUCUCCGCUCUGUGUAAUUAAUUUAGAGAUUACAUUCUGACAAACUUGAUACUUAAAAAACUUGCAAAACCACAGGCCCCUGCCCCAGGAGUCAUCCAUCAAUUUGUAAUGCCUGGAGAACUCUAAAGUAAUUCUCUGUGCUUGGAAAGAGGUAUAAGAAUAGCACACACACACACAUGUACACACACACACACCUACAUGCACACACUGUGGAGAUUUCAGAGCAAGGUAAUCAUCAGCAUAAGACAUUCUGUCCAUUUGCCGUCUCAGUAGAGCUUAAUUCUGCCUGAAAAUUGGUCUGUUGAAUGAGCACAGUGUCUGGCAGCCAAUGUCAAGUCAACUAAGGCCCACAUUAUUUUAGCUAGUGGUCCAUGUUUUAGUAUAGUUCUAUGGUUGGACUAACAAUUAAAAAAAUAGCACUUACAUAUCAGAGUUUGCUUGUCCAAGCUGCUAAGCCUGGUCUUUAUCUGGGUCCAAAAUACACACAUUUCUCCUGAAUGGGUCAUAAAUGUUUGUAACUAAACCCAACAGCAAUCAAUUUAAUUGCUUUUGGGACAUUUCAAUAGAAACAAUGAAUGUAAAGCUCAUUGUGGUACAAGAGGAAAAUCUACAUAUACCCAAAGCCAUGAGGACUCAUCAUCUGGGCAUCAUUAAUGUUUGCAAAAACAUUUAUGGCAACCCACCCAGUAGUUGAGAAAGUUCAGUCCCAGCCAAAGUGGCGGACCAACCAACUGGCAUCGUACUCCCUGUAGCAAUACAGCAGGCAAAGCCAAAAUGUUUUGGCUUGUUAGCACUGGGGUCUAAAGAUGGUGGACUCAGUUUGUCCAUUCAGCCAUCUGUCUAUAUGUGUACUGCUGUCCAACAUCAAGGUUUCCAGAUACAUCCUGGCCAGAUUUCUGUGGUUGUUACUCCAUAUAGAGGAUGUCUUACAAUAUCUAGCCCUUUGGAGGAUUCUGUCAGCGCUACCAUCAGCCACAUUUUUUUAAAGUGGAGACCAUAGAUCUCAGAAUCUGAGGAACACAUUGCUAUGGCAUUUUUCAAGCCCACUGGACAGAUGUGGCUCAGAGGGUAGAGUAGGUCAUUCAGUGAUUGGAAGAUGGCCUGUUUGAUUCACUGUUCACCUAAGUGUGUGGAAAAUAGGUAUGUGAUUCAGUCCUGAAGGGCAGCAAAUUUCAAGGCAAUCUCUGCCAUCAGUGUAAAUGUAAGUGUGAGCCAGAGUGAAAUUUGACAUCAAGUGUAAAGCACUUGGAAUCAAGAAAAGAAAGGCUCAGUAUAAGUGCAGUCCAUUUACCAUUGACUUCUCAGAGAAUAAAACCUUCUUUUAUAUGGACACCCCAUUAGCUUCCCUAACGCAGAAAAGAAUUUUCUACCUUUAUGUGAAAUUACGUCACUCAAAGCUGCCUUUGCUUUGAUUCUGAAAGCGUCUGAUCUCCAACAAAUCAGGACAAUACUGCUUGCCGAGGCUUUCCAAAUUGCAAAUAACUUUAUAAACAUGAACUUUACCGUCACUUUUGUCAGAUUUUAGUUUGAAUUAGGCAAACAGAAAUUUUUGGCAAUGAUCACGGUCAUCAUCAAAAUUUUUUCACUCCGAUUUCUCUUGUUUAUCCCACACAGACUUGCAAGUUUACAUUUCUUUGAUAUUAGUCCCAAACAAAGUAAUAUAACCGGGCGUCCUUUAACACCCGUGAGAGGAUGAGAGCAUUGCAUAUUGUGCCUUGAGUAAUGUUUUCAAGUACCACCAUAAAUUGCCAAAAGAAACUGUCAAAUAGAGAGGACGGGCAGCUGGUAUGAAGUCCUGCUCUGCCAAAAUAAAAAGUCCUGAUACGCCAAGGGUUUGAACUUAAAAGUGGCAGUACCAAGUCCUGGAGCAUACUGCCCCACAUACAGUAUGCUUGCUCUCUUACUUUAAAGCACUGCCUUAAACUGAAACCCGUCUGUCAGUGCAGAGUCAGAAAGAAAAUGGUUGAGGCUUUUUGGAAGAGCUGUUUGUCCAAGUUAAACUGCCCAAUAACAUUUAAGUAGACUUGAGUUGAAUGGUGAAAAACAGUAGAUAUUCCAAAGAGGUUGAACAUAUUGGAGGAAAUGCAUUUGUCACUGACUGGCCACUAUUGGAUGACUGUCAAAUUUUGAUUAAUCACUUAACAGAUGUCUGCAUAUGAGAGCAGAUGCCGAUCCAGUCAUCGACUCCAAUUUUAUCCUCACGUCUUGAGUCGCUUAUUGAGCCAGUGGACAAAGGAGGAAAUCUUUGCUUGGCUAUCCAAUAUCAUUUGACUGGACGUGCCCUAACUGCACUGGAAGCUGGAGCAGAUUGGUGGUUGCUCCUACAGCCUUGUCAUAAAAUGAUGAUUGGGUCAGAGAGAAACUCAACACUGACAGUUCAAAGGAAAUGUAAAAUCAUUAGAGGAUGCUUAUUGUGGAGUUAAAGCCGUGUUUUAUCAAUAAGAGACAAUUUUGACUGAAAAGGCGUCAUUCACUCGGAUAAAACGCAAGUUGAUGAAGAUAUGUGUUUACAGCCAGCGCCUUUACAUGUUGUUAGAAAUAUCAAUUUAUUUUGUUGGGGAAAUUUAAACUGGACUUAAUGGACACAUGUCAACACAUUAGUGCAACUAAAAUCACAAGUUUCUCACAGUUGGGCAAACAAUAGUAGACAGAAUAGAUCAAGAUGAAUUUCCUCUCCCAUGUGUAUGUGUAAACUGAACUCAGCUUUCUGAGUACAUUCACCUAAUAAAAAAGCUCUGUCAUUGUCUGAAUGCUGUAAAAAAAAAAAAAAAAAAAAGCUCUCAGAUUGUUAGUUCUCCCUUUUAGGUUCACUUUCAUAUCUCGGAGCUUAUAGACUUGCAAUCUUGUUAACCUGCAGUUAUACAAAUAGGAAAUGUCACUUUUACAGAUACCUGCAGGAAUCCUCCCUUUUUCCUAAAGCUUACAAUAGGACAGUUUUAUCAACAAAGCAGCCAGCCAUGCUGUAUUUAAACUGGAAAAGCAUUCAAGCCUGCUGCUUGUAAAGCGGUGAAAUCAGUUUUUCAUUUUUCUUUCCCAGACUUUAAAUGAGUAUUAAACUGUUGAGCGGUACAGGGAGCAGAAAAGAGGGCCCUGCGUCCAGGCUGCCAGUUGUUUGUACCUUCUCACACCAGUUGCUCCUCUGUAAUGUGUUCAUUACAGUCUCAUUAUGCUAAUGUGAUGUACUCUGUUCCUCGCUGCUGUGUUUGGCAGGCCAGUUGGCGGUGGGAACCUGUGAGAUAGUGAUGCUCAACAGAGACAGCAGCGUUCCCAGACGGACCAUCGCUAGGCAGACAGCCCGCUGUGCCUGCCGAAGAGGCCAGAUCGCCGGGACCACCAGGGCGAGGCCGGCAUGUGUGGACGGUAAGUUGAAUGACCGUUCUUGGCAAAAGGAGGGGGAUUGUCUUACAGGGAACAUAUUUUAGUUGUUCACUUUCCCCUGGAGCUUUAAAAAAAAACACCUCAAAUGUAUCAACCUGAAGCAGACUAAAACUAGAGAAGGAGAAACCCACUGUGGAUAAAUAAACGUUGAAUUAAUGAGUACGGUUCCUCAGGUGGCCCCUAGGAACACUACAAACAGUUUAAUUUUGCUGUAAUUUAAUUCACUGGAAGUAAUUUCAUUUACUGAAGGUCCAACCAUUACUAUUCCUAUCAUAAGCAGCUCUCUCCUGUAAUAACCAUAUAAUUCAUCUCAAAUGAACGACAACAUGCUGGCAGUGGGUCAGAUUGCUGUAAUAGUUGUUUAUAUGGGGUCCACUGCAUGAAUCCUUGCCUAACAACACCCUAUUAUUCGCACAGCAGGAUGCUGUUUGAACCAAAAUUACACUGGGUGUUUAUUUUGUUCGAUACAAGAUUUGCCUUUAAUGUGCACCAAGUGAAUACUGGCGUAUAGUUGGAAUAUGGAGUGGGGUUUAAAGGUUCGUAUAAAUCCACUAACUGGGAAUAAUCAUGAUGAUGAUAAUCUUAUUUCACAUGCUUACAUGCACUUCAAUCAGACGGUAUCAGAAAAACUUGAUUCAUCACAAAACGAAAAAUUCUUGAAUAAUUUGCUGUUUCUUUUGCCCUCACUGUUCAUGUCAGGUUUCUGGUUUACAGCAGAGGGUAAACAGUUGUGUUAGCAUACAUGCUAGCUAGCGAAGGUGUUCGAGAAAGAUGGCAGAGUGGACAGCUCUUUCUUUGUGGAAAUAUUCCUAUUAAUUUGGGUUAUCACAAUAAGGUAUAAAGAGGAUAAGAGCUUGUCUGCUGCUUUACUUCAAAGCAUCUGUAAGCUAAACACAGCUCUGCAACGAUGGUGGCGAGAAAAAUGCUGAUAGUGCUGCAGCUCUUAAAAAUGUAACGCCUUAUAGGCCAGAUAAUUAAUACUUCACAAGUUGCAUGUUUGAAGGUGACUGGAGGCUGUUAGGACCUUGUGUUACAUGCUGUUUUAUCUGAAACAGCUGUGCGUAGUACUGUGUCCCUCUGCCCAGGUCCUGUCAGGUUACCUCAUGGUAAAGAACCAUAAAGAUAAUGAGCUGUAGAUGAGGUUAUGGUUGUUAAAAGGCAGACACAAUGGACUACACACCGUCUGGACAAUUCAACUGACACGUGUAGAGAGUCGAAGGUUUGAGAAUGCAGGAGUACCCUAAUGCAUUACUUCGGUUGGUUAGUAAUGCUGGAAUGUAACCUGUUAAUAAUCAUUGGCUGUAAUCUGGUAAUGGAAGAAUAAGUAACAAUACCCAACACUGAAUAGAGUUAGGUGCAUUAAAGACAAUAACUUUCAUAAGAGUUAAUCUGUUCAUGCUGUUUUCAACUAAACAGAAAAUUACAUGUUAAUGCUGCUGAGCUACCUGCAAAACACUGCUGCAACAGUGCUGCGUUCCUGUGGUAAAUCCAGGUAAGGUGAAAUAAUAAUGCAAUAAAAAAAUGAAUAUAACAGCAGUUAAAGGUUUUGAUAAUUGUGGUAUCAAUUAACCUUAAGGUAACAGUAAAGCGUAUGUGUUCCUAGCUCUGGAGGUGAAGAAUGUUAAUUGUGGUUUGUGCCUUUUUCCAUGUUUUCCUUUUUUUCUUCUUUUUUUUCAUUUUUGCUUGCUGUCUUUGCUCUUACACAGAUGUAAUCCAAAGGGGGAAAAAAAAGAUUUUAUGGUAUACAUGCACAGAAUUUAAUGAUUAUUAGGCUAAAACAUAGUUGUAUUUAUCUGACUUUUGAUAAUCUAAUAUUGGCCUUUGUUGGAUAAAGAAUAUCAUUGUGCUGGUAGCAUGACUACAAAUAUGAUCAUGUACAUAAUAAGGCAACUCCACAUUAUCAGUGUGCAUGUAAUUGCACUCAUGGACUUAUUUUUGAGCAAGUGUUUCAUAUAUAAUUGGUUAUGUGCUGUGAAAUAAUAGAUUUAUGUGAGAUGCAUGAAUAGUUUCAAUUUUGUUAAAAAAAAACAAAACAAAAAAACUUUCUUAACAAAAGUUUGUUAAGAAGAACCAUACCAUUCUCCCAUCUGUGCCGUAUUAAUGAAACCACAGCCGACUGGCAGUCAGCUCCCCCUUGCUUGGAGUAGAAACUUGAUAUUGAUUAUACAAAUAAAAGCAGACAGAAAAUAACAUAAGAGAUUAAAGUACACAACAGCAAUGACUAAAAAUACAUAAAAUAAACACUGAUAAUGGCAUACAAUGACAUGUUGAGUCAUUAACUCUCCUACAGCAGCAUUCACAGACCUUUUUCACUGCAGACAAGUUGACAGAACAGGAACAUCAUGAAAAAUCAUAACGGGAAAAGCACAGGUGUAACUAUUACCGUUAAUGAUAACUCCUUUCCAUUAUGUGUCCCAUUCCAGGAAACCAGGAGACAGAAUACCAUCUACAUCUUGUGCACCUGGAUGCAGUGCAGUCAUUAUUCAUAUUAUGUCAGUGAAGCACACUUUAGUCGAAGAAUUGACCAUUUACAGUUAGUUACCUGUUCCCCCUUGACAAACACAAACAGGGUCAUUAAAUCCUGUUAGAUCAACAUAUAAUGAGGAAGAGGGUUGUGCAGACAGAGCUGCAGCAGCAAACACUGCCUGCAUUUGAUUUGAUAAUCAGAGCGACAGUUAUUAGGGUUAAAGGGUGAAGGGUUAAAAUGUCAGAGCUGUACUACUGCAAGAAUAUUAUGAGAUGUUUAUGCUACACAGCUACAAAUCAGCCAAACACUACAAGGCUAAAGAGACCGUUGUUUAUCCACCAACGCAAGAGAUAUUUAAAUGCUCUGCCGUAACCAGGACAUGCUUAAUUAAUCCUUUAUUUUCAUUCAUGUGACCAUAUCAUUGAAAGGUUUAUAACAAUGAAGGCCUCCAUUAAUAUAGCCAGUUACCAAUCUCGCUAUAUAACUUUAAUCAGUACAUAAAUCAACACAGAUAACCUUCAUUUUUAAAGGAAUCAUCAUCUUAUGAAGGAUAAUCAUGAUUAGAUGGCUGGCUCUAGUUGGGACUGCUUCUGAUGUGAAGCCUGUUUUUGAUUGACAUUUCACAUUCUAAAGUUACAUUUUUUGAUAUUUAAUAUAUUGGAGGAGCGGAACUUAGAACUAACACUGCAGCAAGACACCGGGAAGAGCCCUAAAAGUGUUGGCUUCACUCCAGGUAUACCUGUUCUGCUGUCCAUGUUUAUUUGUGUUUUAAUUAUAGUCACUUUAGGCUUCAACCAAAAUUGUGAAUCCGCACAGACUAAUGUGUGAAACAUCUGUGACUUUUAUUGGUAGCUAGGUUAUACACAUGAAGACUAGACUCCUCCAAUCUGGAUUCUAAUGUCCAUUUCUACCUGUUUUUCAGUAACGCUUAUUUUUUGUGUUAUCUUGAAUGCAGCCAUAAAAUCAUUCAGUCUUUACCAAAUCUCAGCCACAUAGUGUGACCAAAAAAAAAAGGUGUGAUAAAACAAAUGAAAGAGCUCAUUUUUUUCUCUAUUUGAAGUAAGUGCUGAUGUAAUUUGGUUGUUUAACCAGUGAAUCGAUAAUCACUUUGCGUAUCCCCCUUUUUUGAUAGCUCUUAGACUGUUUGGCUUCCAAUUAUGAGACUGGUUGUCGCUGUUAGACCUUCUUCAGUCAGCCGGCGUGACAUCAGUAAAUUGGAAAUCACUUUUCAAUGUCUCCUGCUUUCUUCUGUUUGUAUCUUAUUGAAUUUUCCUUCCCCCUCUGGUGUUUUUUUUUUUCUUUUUUUAUGAACCCCAGCUGAAAGAAGAUAACUUGCAACUUGUUCAUCCACUUUAAAGAUAAGGAUUUAUCCUAUAGAGGCCCUUUGUGAUAUUGGACAGUAUCUCAGGGAUGUUGAUAAGACAGAUGAGAGGACUUGGGGGAAGACAGAGUCCAUCUGUGAUGCUGAUUGGAUCUUACAAUAUCACAAUCACACGCAUCAGAUUCACCAUUAGUUCCAUCAUGCAAUGACUCAUGUUAGCCUUGAUCUAAUAGCCUUGACACACCACCGCAGUCCCACUGCCUGUGUCACGCUCCCCACCCUGGCUCCAACCACCUCUCCCUCUCUGCAGAUGCCUCUCCAUAACACUCAACAGAUGCUAAUUAACUUACAGAGAACUAUGAUUACAGCAGCAGGAAAUUGAUUAUUACUGGCUUCCCGCCGCACCACACCCUGCACUCCAUUAAUAGCCAGUGCAUUAAAGAUGGAACCUGUUGCUGGCAGGCUCAUUUAAAGGCUUUCUGCUGUCAGCUGAAAGAGCGUCCAUCAUCAUGAGGCUUUAAAGUGGAAUUUCUGCAUGAGUAUGCAAUGCCACUGCUCAGAUAUCCUCUCUGACCUUUAGCUCAGAGUUUAUAUCCAGUUACAUUCUCUGUUUAUAUAAAUUCCCAUAAAUGCCCCUUUUGCCCCUCUAAGCACAUAAACUAAUAAACUGACUUAUAAACAAGUUCAUUUGUAUCUCGCGCCAGGGCUUUGGCAUUCUUCACCGGGCUGUUAUUAACACAGCAAGGGCUCACCGUCCUCUGGGUCAAUUUAAUAUAACUCUUUCAGAGCAGCAGCAGGACUGGAUCACUGCCUUUUUGAGAUGUGUGCUGAUAGAAGAGUGACCUUUAAUGAAAGUGGGACCACCAUCGGCUGAUUGUUGUGAGUAAAAAGGCCAAGAUUCAUUUCCUCACAUGAACUUCAGUAAUCUGAUGAUUCCUCGCUUUCGACACAUCUCAUGCUGGAGUCAUAUAUGUAACUGCAGAACGUGCUCUGCUUACGGAAGGUACAGUUUCUCUCUUUGAGUUGCAAGUCUUACUGCAUGCAUAGUCAUGCGAUCCUACAAGUAACUUAUUCUUGGGCAAGAUUUUUUAUCAUUCUGUGGCUGCAGUGCUUUAACUUUUUUUUUAUCCCAGACAAAAUCAAGUUUUACUGUCCUCUCUUUUCACUGGACCGCAAAGAAUAGAACAAGUGGUGAUGUUCUUUUCUGCUUUAUACCUCAAAAGUAUAAAGCAAUGUACACCCUGAAGCAGGCAAGGACACAGAAAGACAGCAGCCCUCAGCAGUGUCUGUUAACUUUUUAAAACAUACAUGUAGCCGUAGAGAUGCACUUUUUAUUUUACAACUAGAGAGAAACUCAGAUUUUAUUUCUUCUGUCAAGGAUUUAUUGUGUGAAUCUUUAAUGAAAUUAAGUUAUUAGCAGUUUUUAUAACUCCAUUUCUUUUCUUUCCCCUGAGAAAUUAAGGCUUCUUAAUAAUUUUCUGUACGCUACUCCAAAAAAGGAAAAGUUUAUUACAUUGCCUUUACCCCUCUGUUUUAGAAAUAUGAUAAGAUGCUCCUUUAUUAGUCCCACAAAGGGAAAUUAGAGAUAUAUAACUGAAUAAAUUAAUGAUCAAUAUACUAUUUCUUAUUUGUUUGCAAAAAACUAACUCUAACCUAUUAAAACACAGAUAUUAUUUAUUUGAAGUGGUAACCUCCAGUCAGGGAAAAAAGAAGUGUUAAAAACUGCAGAUCCCUGAGUGUCCACUAGGGGCUGACUCAGAAAGCACACGUAGCCACAUACACACUCAUUCAAAAAAUUCCAUAUAUAAAGCAAAACUGAACAUUAUUACGGUAAGAUAAGAUAAGAUAAGAAGAACUUAUUUAUCUCUAAUAAAAAUUCAAUCAAAAAUUAAAUUUCAUUACAUCCUUGUUCAAAAACACUGUUUUGGUCUGGGUAGCUCUUCUCUGUCCUGACACAUACACACCAUGUUUUUUUGUAAUGCAUUGAUUUUAAAGAUGUUAAGGUUACAGUUUUGGCUAAUCAGAGGCAUGGCUGGGUUGGCUGAGGUGGACACAUUGAAGCUGUUUGUGAGGAGGAGUCGGCUGAAGACCUGACUCAAGGUAGGUUGACAAAAAGUAAGGCAGAGAUCAGUAUUUCCAACAUGGCUAACACAAAGGUAGUCUUCAAAACUGAGUACAAAACAAAUGGGUCACCAAGCCUGAGUUCAUGGAUUAUACAGUCUAUGAUACUUAAUGGGAUGGCUGGUGCAAAUGGACUAACAGGGAUGAGACCUCUGUCCUAAAACAAUACAAAUAUAAAUACAAAACAAUUGGUCUUAUAUUUGAAAUAGCAACCAAACGAAGUAAGUACCAGAAAAAAAAGGCACAUCUCUUUGUAUUGUUUGCUUUAAUAUUUGAACUGCAUUAUUCUCACAAUCACAUGCCUAACAUCCCAAUUUGGCACUCUUUCCUAUUCCCAUUGCCGCUGCUACCAUGCUGAAGUACUUGACUAAAAAUUGUCAGCCCCAAAAAAUACCCCAGCAUCCACCUGCGGGCCUCACCUGGGGUUGGAGAUGGUGUCUCAGCACUUUUUAAUUAUGUAAAAGCUUAACUGGGAAGUCUGAGCCUAGUUGCCAGACUCGGUUUUGAGUUGUCUGACUGAAUUGUGAUGUUGCAGACCAUAGAAAUGCUACUUAUGUAAGAGUGGGCACAAGUAGCAUCUCUACUGUCUCUACAAUUGAUCACAAUUGCACACUCCCAAAAGUGAGUAACUCUAAGCAUCAUAAUAUAAUUUCAGUGCUAAAUAGGGUCCUGAUCCCACGUAACUUCUCAAUGUACUUGUACUGUUAUAAUCUGAUGAUGGGAAAAAAACAAAAACAAAUAAUGUUAAAGUAGAGAUCACUUAAGAAAUGAUCUGUGUGGCAGGUUUUAGUCAUUGGAGAAUGAAACUUGUAUUAGAAAGUAUUUUUUUGAUUCUAGUAAUAAGCUCCUGUUUUCCUGUUAAAUUUGUGAUUCACAGGUGAAACAAUGCCAGAGACGAUACAAACCUCGCAAUCUGUUCAACACAGUUCGUCUUUGUUUGCAGUUCUGUGAGAGGCUGACGUCAGAUCUUUUUUUGGAUGAAAAACUGGUGGGAGAUUCUGUAACUGCAACAUUGUCAAACGAGACCCAAGUGCAAAAAAGUAGGACCCAGUACACAACAACAACAACAACAGGCUUCAGCAGGAGUGGGUGUAAAUAAAUAACUGAACUUCCUGCAGACAGGAGCAAUACAAUUUAAACCUACUGAUCAAACUUCCUGUGAGCAACAGGACACUCUGGCACAAAGUUCACUUUUUACAGACUUAAAAGGCGGGCAAUAGGACGACUCUUAUCAAUCAAACAAAUGGUACCCAACUAAUGUGAUUGCAGCCUGCCAUCACGAAUGUUCAAAAUCAGCACCAUGGACAGCAGUCACGACAGCUAAGAUUGCAGAUGUUAAAUGGGUCCCAGUUCUUAAUCAAAUCCAGCCCACAGCAGUGUUUUUAUGGGGUUAGAGCAUGAAGUGUGUCUGCAUUAAAACUCUGUGACCUGUGAGCAGACUACUGUCACUUUAUUAAAUUAGUACACUUUUGAUGGACACAUGAAAUCAAAUAGUGCUGAAGGUUGCUGUCUGUUUUAUGUAUCCCAAUAGGAGAGCCUCAGUCACUAAGGAGUGAGUGUACUUUUUUGUUAAAUAGGAAAGAUUGGAAAGAAAUACUUGAUUCCUCAGAAGACUGUUAUAGAUGUUCACUGAAUGAGUUACCGGCAUCAAACCGUGACAUUACUUUAUAUAUCCCAGAAAGUAAGAAAUUAAUGUUGAGUUAUAAGAAGAAAAGCAGUUUUUUAAAGCCACAUAAAUGUAUCUAGAUCAGUUGUACUAAAAGGUAAGUAUAAGGAAAUCACCAAAGUUCAUGAGAGGAUACAAAUCUUGGCCUUUUGUGAGGUGGACCCACAUUUAUUAAAGGUCACCCCUGUGUCACAACACACCUCAAAAGGGCUUUGGUAUACUCCUGCUGCUGCUUUCAGAGUGCUGAAAGUACUGAGAACAAUUAAAAUCAUCCUGACUUUGAGUAAAGUUUAUUUGACAACUCUGUCCCUGUACACUCAAACCUUAAUAAAACAAAAAGCCAGAUGUUUACAUUCAAAUUAUUGGCCAAAUGUUGUCGCCUUUUCUUGUAGGCGCCAGGGAUUCUGGUUGAUCAAACCAAUCAUUAAUAUGUUUUUAUUGCUAUGAACUUGAAAUACUGCAGCAAGAUGGAGCUCAGAAAUGACUUCCACCAUAAUACUCUAGUACACAGACAUAAAGAAGGCCUCCCAUAGCAUGGCAGUAUUUGAUCUAUAAAGUUGCAUCAAGGCUGUGACAGGCUAAAUGGGAAAUGCGUAACCAUUUACCUGCAAGGAGAACCAAAAGCUGGUGGUGCUGGCUCUGCUAGUGUUAGCCAUGUUCGGCAAACUUUUGAUAUUAUUUACCUGCAGGCUCUGUGAUUCUAUUUUGGGUCAUUUCUACCGUAACUAGGCAGGACAGCUGGUAAAAAUGGUAAAUUUGGGAAAAUGGAGAAGGGCUAGACGACUGGCUUACCCCCUACAAACUAGGACCACAGCCUCUAAGCACUGGCUGCUUGGACCAUGAGGCCACUGGCGCCAGGGGCUUUGUGAUUCUAUUUUUAGCUGUGUUGGAUGAAUUGUGCUCAGUUUUGACUGUUUCUGGGCAUUUUCUCACCUCUAGACUAGUCGGCUGGUUGGAAUUUAAAUUUUGUGAAACUGUUGAUUCAAAACCUUCCUAGUUUUAAUGUCCCAAUAAGGGAACUUAACCACCAACAAGAGAGAGAGAGAGAGAGAGAGAGUCUCUUUUCACGAAGGACAGAUAAGAAAAAUACUCAGUUACCCAGGGAAAAGGGGAAACACGGACACUGCAUAGAUUGUUAGCACAGCAUUUUACUGUAGAUGUAACUAAAAACUAAAGAGUUGAGGAUCAAGUCAAGUAACUGGUGUUUUAAGGACAGAGAAAUUCUGCAAAUUCUUGAUGGCUCUCAAUCAUUUGUGUUGAAGGGGAAGAGUAAUCAAAUCACCAAAGUUCAUGAAAGGAUACCAUUCUUGGCCUUUUUACUCACAACAAUCAGCGAGUGGUGGCCCCACUUUGAUUAAAGGUCACGAUUCUGUCACAACACAUCUCUCAAAGGCAGUGAUCUUCUCAGAGAGCUGCUGUGAGAGUGCUUCAAAGAACUGAGAAAUACUAAAAUCUCUUGAUUUGGUGAGUAUUGACUGAAACUCUUGUCUAUCCUCAAAAAGCACAACAGUCUUCUUUGUGCACACGCAUGUUUGAUGAAAGAACUCUGCUGGAGAUGGCUGUCUGUCUUUAUUGCCUCAGUUAAUAAGCUUUAUUGAUAAAAGAGAGAAAGUACAGUGCAUUUUAUCAUUGCUAAAGACAGAUAUAGGAGGGAAAUACUUGUUCCUCAUAGAGAAAGAAUGUACAGCCCUACAAGGAAGGAUGUCAGCAGGCAGUUUAUAAACUGCUUCACUUUAUUAUUUCUCAAAAGUGAGGAAUUAAUGUCAAGAAACUAUCUUGGAGCGCAUUUGGGUCUCUGUAAAUCAAUCCAAAUGAUAAAUGUUGAGAAAGAAGGAUAAUGAAAUCACCAAAGUUCAUGUAAGGAUUUGUAUCCUGGCCUUUUUACUCACAACAAUCAGCGAGUGGUGGCCCCACUUUCAUGAAAGGUCACUAUUCUGUCACAACACAUCUCAAAAAGGCAGUGAUGCACUCCUGCUGCUGUGAGGGUGCUAAAAAGUACUGAGGAUUCCUCGAACCACUUGAAUUAGCAGGGACAGUUUUAAUGGUUGACUUUCACUCGCUUUGAAAAAGCAAAGCAAUUUUCGUCUCCACAUGUGUUUAAAAGAUAAGAUUUUAGACACUGCUGAUGAAUUCCUUUUUGUUUUAGGUUUUAAAAUUGGAGACUUUUGUCCACAAAGAGUGUGAAUGCAGUUUUUUUUUCUUAUAAAGCACAGAUUAUACAAAAAUGCACAAUAUUCCCCAAGAAAUGUAAAGCCCUGUCCUUUCCAAGACUGCCAAAAAAUCUGAAACUAUCAGUCAAUCAAUUUUUAUUCAUAGACUGUCAAGUCACAAGUGUUAUCCCAAAAAGCUGGUCUAGACCAUACUUGAUUUUAACCAUGAGUGUUGCACUUUGAACAUUUAUCAAGUUACAGUGGAGAGGAAGAACUUUCAGGCAAAAACCUCGAGCGGAACUAGACUUAUGUUCAUCUGCUGAGACUGACCUGGGUUUAGAGAUGGGAGAGAGAGUGGGGUGGAGAAAGAGAAAGAUGGACAAAGGUGAGAUUGAUACAUGUAGUUCAAGCAGCUGGAAAGCAGGCAGGUCCACAGCCCCAAAACAUCUGCAGCAGUGAUCCAAAGGGACCUGAUGGUGGAGCUCAGGGACUCCCAGAAAAGACUGUGUCAGUGACUCUAAUGGGACAUGAUGGUUCAAAGUUAAUGACACAGACAGAAAAAGGAUGGAGAAGGAGGAAAAGGUGCUUAACAUGCCAGAACCCCCUGCAGUCGAAACCUAUGGCAGCAUAACUAAGAGCUUGCCCAGAAUGGAACCAGGUUUAACUGUAAGCUUUAUCAAAGAGGAACAUUUUAAACUCCUAAAGGUAGAGAGGGUGUGUGUCCCCUCACUCCUCAACUGGUAGAUGAUUCCAGAGGAGAGAGGCUUGGUAACUGAAAGCCACUUUUCAAGACUUAAGGUACGAUGAGCAGGCCUGCACAUUGAGACUGCACUGUCUUGGAAGGGUAAUAGAGAGCUACAAGCGUUUUAAGAUAUGGUGGUGCCUGGCCAUGAAGAAUAAUAAUUUUAAAUUCUAUGCUGGGAAGCCAGCAUGGAGAAGUUAAUACAAAGGAGAUGUGCUCUCUUCUCCUGACUCUGGUCAGUAAGUGGGCUGCAGCAAACUAGAAAAAGUUACUGGCAAUGAAGCAGCUUUCCAUUUAACCAACAGCUCCAACCUCAGACAUAAUGUCAAGUUAAAGCCUUGAUGAAGUAAAAUAGUAUUGGGCUGUGUCCAGCGUGUCUUGAAAGGAAGGGAUAAUCAAGUCACCAAAGUUCAUGUGAGGAUUUAUAUCUUUGCUUUUAUGCUCAUAACAAUGAGUGAGCGGUGAACAGUCUCAUAUUCAUUUAAGGUCAUUUUUCUGUCACUGUGACUGAAAAUCUUACUCAUGACUGGAAAAGUAAAGAAUUAAUUUCUAUUGUUUAAGGAAAAAAAUGGUUCUCUGUCUUCUAAAGUCUCAAUAGAGAGGCUUUGUCCUCAAAGAAGAGGACAGAUAGGACAGAAAUAUUUGAUCCUCACUGGGAAAGGAGAGAAACACCACUCCAAGUAUGCCACUCUUAUGGAGCUCAAAUCGAAGGAAUUAAUGACAAGUUUCUCUAAAAUUAGAAGGGCAAGACUGGUUUUGGAGCAAUGUGCCAAGGCCAUAUGUGGAAGAGAGGGAUGAUCAAUUUAUCAAAGUUCAUGUGGGGAUUUGUGUCUUGGCCUUUUUACUCACAACAAUCAGCGAGUGGUGGCCCCACAUUCAUUAAAGGUCACUAUUCUGUCACAACACAUCCCAAAAGGUCAGUGAUCCACUCAGAGAGCUGCUAUGAGGGUGUUAAAAAGUGCUCACAUCACUUUAUUUUUGGAUAUAGUGUUGAUGGACAUCCUGUCUCUCAGAGUCUGUGUAAAAGUACAAAGUUACGGUUUCAUAUAGGGGGACACUUCUGUUUACAAAGAUGCACAUCUUAGUGUUGACUGGGGGACUGCACAAGUAAGGGUUCCACUUACUGCUUCAAGUCUACUCAGAUACAGGUCUUGAUAUGCAGUUGAUAUGCAGGUGGUUUUUGACACUUAUGUUGUAAGUUUGUGAUGCUAUUUUAAAGCAGCUGAACAGACUUUUCAUUUUCUGUUGCAUUUGGCAGCCACUAUGGACAAAAGCGGUUGUGUUUUGCCAGAAUGAUGACUGCAUUCCCCAUGAGCACUUGCACGUAGUGUCUUGAAGACACUUACAGGGUCUUUGAUCUGGUGUGUAGUUAGUUUGGAGGCAAAUAAAACAAGACGGGACUGACUGGUACUUUCAAUUUCUUUUUCUUGUUUGUUUAGUUUUUUUAGUAAUGUAUGCGUUUGAAUUUCUAUGAAAUAUCAUAUGCAGCCAGUAAAACGAAGGAAUUUAGUUUUAAUUUUUAUUUUAUCUUGUAUUUCUAGCUUACAGUUACAUCUCGUUCGUAACAGUAAACCUAAAACAAACUGAUUAAUGUUAUAUCUUCGUAUUAAAAAGCGCAGCUUACGUUACCUGUCUAGGAGGAAUUGGGCAAAUUCAGGAUCCGAUUUGAAUCCCUUUAAGCCUUGCAACUCUCUCCACCUUGCAAAGGAAUUACUAAUGUUUAUCCUCAUUUUUGCCCUUGCUCGAUCACAUUCACCUUUUUUUUUUGUUGUUCUUCUGUUUCAUUUGUUUUCUUUUGUGGACCUCGUCCCAUCGUCGGCCAUGUGUAGCUAUGUGUUUUUGCCCUGUCUAAGUGCGGUAACUUCUGGCCUGUGUACCAUAAAUUGUUUCGUCAGUGGGCAGACCCGACCAACCAAUUUUUAAAGUAGGAGUUACACUAUUUAGACAUAUCUUCCCUCUGAUGGGCUCAUUUGCUGUUGCAGGUGACACAGAUAUAUCAGGAGAAGCAAGAUACUUUUCAAAAUGUAGUUAAAAGUUCCCUUCAGAACCUUCAAGGAUGCACAAUAAUUCAACAAACUGUGGACAUUGUGAUCGCAGUAGGAAUGUCUCUAAUCUGACCAAGUCGAGUGAGACUGUGAGACUCUGCAACUGCUGAGGCAAUCAUGGGAAAUUGUGAGUGCAAAAAUCAAGUGCUAUUGUAGACCAUGCAAAGUCUUAAAUCUGACAGUACUCAGUCAUCAUCCCUAGCUGGGAAGAUGACAACUGUGCACCGCCAUGUUUCUCCAGUGACAAAGAAUGGACAAACUAGUCAUGGCCAUGAGUGUUUUUGUAUUCCUGUAAAGUUAAAGGCAAUAAAAAUAUGGUUGGGGUUGGAAGAAGAGGAAGAAGAAGAGGAGAGUGCUUGCUGUGCACCAGUGACAUUUCUUGAAACAACUUUUCUGUUACACAAAGUAUCUUGAGUACCAAGCUCAAAAAUACAACCCAGAACCAAGUCCAAACUAAGUUGGAAGACCCUCAGAAUAACAGGAAACACUUCACAUUUGGUUUAUCUUUAAAUAGAUUAUAACAUUGAUAAAAUAUAGAAGUUGCUAGAAAGCCUUCCAAUAAAGAUAAGUAAAGUUAUUUAAAGGAGAUACUGAUGAAGCAAGCCAGAGUUUCUCUGGCAGGUUGUUUCACAGUGAAGGAGUCUGUGGAUCUGAAGCUGCACAUUGGUUGGUAAAGAGACAGCAAAUCAGACAUUUAUUCUGGAGCCAGGCCAUCAAGUGCUUAAUAAGUAAUAAGUAAAAACUUAAAAUCAAUCCUAAAAGGAAUGGGCAGCCAUUGUAAGCUCAUUAAAACAGGUGUAAUAUGUUUUCCAUGCUUGGUUUUUGUUUAGAGGCUUGCUGCUGAGUUUUGUACAGAUUGCAAUACGAUUAACUCAAAAGUUAUAUUUCAUUGCUCAUGUAUACAGAGAUAACACUAAGAAAUCUAAAACAGUCAAUGAGAGGGGUGUGUCCAUGAUCUGCAAAUCCAGAGAGGGAAUUGUCACUAGCUGUUGCCAUCUGCUGCAGUUGUAUGCUCAUGUGUUCAUGUAGUUUAAUCACUCAGCCAGCCCUUUAACAAACAAACUGCUUAUCUGUCAUCAUUAGUAAAUCUGCUGCAUUAUUGAUCUGUCAAUGCUGAGAAUGAUGGCACUACAUCUCAAAAGUUUUCCUGGUUCAUCUCUCAGCACCAGUUUAAGAUUGCACUCAUGCGGCGCUUUGCAAAGGUGGUAAACACAAAGACAGAGACUCUGCUUAAAUCAAACUUAAACAACCUAAAAUGUUUAUUCCUCUUAAUUGCCUGUCAUUUAACGUAAAAUCAAAUUUAGGAAAUUUUACAUUCAGUCAAGAUGUGUUUUAAAUGCUUUUGUCAAACAUGAAUCAUGCAGAGAAAAACUUUACCAGGAGCUUUGAGGACCAUGUGUUUUUAAAAUUGUCAUUCAGGUGCAAAAGUUAUCUUGGGAAAAAAUGAGAUUGAGAUUGUGAUCCCACCAUUAAACAAUUAUAAACUGGAUAUUUGCACCAUUUCAUCCUCAAUUAAUACACAGUAUUUGUUCAAUUUGUUGGAUGGACAUUUAACUUUGUCAUUUGGACUCCAAUGCCUAAAGUCACAGUUUGAUUUCAGCGUUCAGAAUCCUCUUGUAUAAUUUCCUGUGAGUACACAGUAAAUGUUUUAACUACAUAAACAGUUCACUAUGCAGUUAAUUAUGAGCUGUACAUUAUUAGUAGAGAACACAGUGUUUGUUUUGCCCCCUACUGCUUCUUGACCUUUCUGAAUCUUAGAUUAACUGAGUGGGCGGCACUGGAUCUGCUUGCUGAUGUGUCUCUUUGCUUUACUUGUGCGAUAUCAGCUCCCACUGCUUGUAAUUUUAAUGAAACCUACAGAAAUGACACAUCUUUAACUGCUGUUGAAGCAUUUCUGCUGCCAGUUAUACUGACUGACAUGUUGCUGCUGGAACUUGAACAAACAUCUUUUCCAAACCUGAAGGUUUGAUUGAUGUGAAAUUUAGAGCACAUAUACCUCUGUACCUCCAUUUCAAAUACACUUCAGAAACCAUCACUUUGUGACAUUUUACAUUUCCUUCCCUCAAUUUUUAAAUCCAUUUCCAUUAGCAAGAAACAUCGACUGGUGCACCAACUUUGUUUUCUGUGCAGAGAAUUAUGCUAAUGCUGCUUUUCACACAUUUUACUCAUCAACAUCCACAUAAUAUAUUUGAUAAUGUUUGCAGUUUACCUUUCAGAUGUAUCCAGGCAAGUUUAUUCAGUGAGCUGAGGUUGGAAAAACUCAUCUGCACAGUUAUAAUCAUCAGCAGAAGCUCAUGGAUUUGAGUCUUUGGCUGUUUCCUCACAUGCAAAGAAACUCAAAUCCAAGGCUUAUGUUGGAUGCAGCCUCUGGGACAUUAUAAAAUUUAUAACAGUCUGCAGCUGGUAGUUUUAAGAAAACAAUGGGACAAAUGUUUGCAUCUUCCUCUCCAUUCUGCAACAUCCACGCUUCUAUAAUGACACACCAGCAAGUGUUCCUGAACCCUGUCGUGAAGAAAGUUUGUGAUGUGUGAGCUACCUUGCCCAGAUGGCUGCUGCUGUAUGACAUGUUUACUCUGCUUUUCUUCAUUUCUUUAAACUCACCCAACAAUUUCUCACUAUUCGACAACUGCGGAGCAUUCUUCCACAAAAUAACUUCCUUUGUUAGUCUUUUUCAGGACACAUUUCAAGCUUUCCUGCCCUCUUUUUGUGCUGCUGUGUGUCACUGUUGUGGAGGUUUAGUCUGCUCACUGUACACAGGAGGAUUAUGUGCUUUUUCCUUGCCUGUCUCCCUACUCCCGCUCUAAUCUGCUCCCCGACUCCCUCCCCGCUCUGUCUCCCUCUCUGUGCUUGGCCUGUUGUUGCCAUGCCACCACAUCGCACUGUAAUCGUAUGAAGCCUGAUGGCCUCUGCGAUAAGAGUCUGCAGGCUGCAGGAAGACUGUGUAUGUGCCGGCUGCAAGCCUCUGCUUUCACACUUUCUAAAAUGAUCAUUGCCACUAAAUGAGCAGAAAAGUGAUGUUAAAGGAGAUUAUGCAAAGGGAGAGCAUUCAUCAGAUUUCAAAGGAUUUAUUAUGCUCCAUACAUCUCAGCUGCAGAGAGCCUGGCCUUCAUUUGAAUAAGAUUUUAUUACCCCUAAAUGACCUUACAAUGUGUAAAUAUCAUCUUUUCUUUUUAAAUUACCUGUUCCCAUUUGUCACUGUGGCUGUUUACAUAUAAUGAAAAGAAAAAAACACCUAUUCUUCUGUGUUUUUCUAUGGAGGGGUUAAUGAAUUUAGAGUAAGAUACACUAAACAACAUUAACUCGUCAACAAGGUCCAUCAGUUUUUAUUUUGAACAGAUGUAUCACCGUCUCUGCAAAAUGUGCUAGAAGGAAUGUCUUUCGGGAAUAUUAAAGCUUCUAUUAAAACGUUCAGUUUGUUAAUUUUUUUUUGCGCCCCCUGUGGACAAAGCAGUAUUUGCUUAACAUGUUUCAAUACUGCCUUCUAACGAAAAUGUCAUCCUGCUAACCUUUGACGGGCAAUUGCAUCAUUUAUUAUGAGCAUAUUAUGUAGAAUUUUUUUAAAUGGCUGUUUUUUUAGGCUGACACCUUCCCCCCUGGCAUUCGUUUCAGGCAUCAAAAAUUGAUAACAAAAACAGUAAGUCUUGUUGCUGAUGGUCUUUUUUGGUUUUGAAAAUCAUAAAAAGGCAACAAUCUGAAUUUUAGUGUAUUUCAUAAAUGUAAAAAAAAAGGAAUAAGAAAAACUCCUCUUAGGAUUUAAAAAAUGCUUCUUUCAAAAAUCUUUAAUUUUAUUCCCAGGCCAGCAUGGAUUUAUGUCUUUAUUUUGAACAUUUUCAUUGAAAAAAAAUAAUGACAAUGCUAUAUUUAAGACAGAGCAAACAGUGCACCUUUAAAAAGAGGCAGGAUGGAGUAGGGCUGUUCAAUAUUUUCAAAAAUCUUAAAUACUGUAUGCUUGUUUUGAUUAAUACUGAUAUCAAGGAAAAACAGACAAUUACCCAAGGUAUGAUAUAAAUGUUAUAUUUAAUGUCAUAUGUUUGGUCUAAUUUGAUGAAAAUACCGACUACAUUAACUGUCACAAGCAUCCAGUAUUUUACACUUUUUUGCUGACAUUUUACCACAAGCUGCAGAUCUAACAUAUAAUCAGUCCACUUCCGUACACUGUUCUUGUAUUUUAUAAUCAUUUGAACAAUGUCUCUUCUUGUCAGCCUUGGUGGUCAUUACAGCCUCCCUCCUCAUCUCUCGGCCUUUCAGACCUGAGUCCUCCUGCUCCUCUCCCGGCUCUCCUCUCUCCACCUGUGGCUGCCUGACAGUUUGUAACACUACUGCACAGCUGGAACAAUCCUUGCGCUCCCACAUUGUGUUUCACAUUGAUCUGAGCUGCUUAUAAUGGGAUGAAAGAGAGGAGAGCUGUUUGAGGGGAAAUCACUGUUAUCUUUUAAAGAUAGACAGAUUAAUAGAUUAGCCAAGUGUCAGGCUAAAUAUUUGGCUUUUGAAAUAAUCAGCAUCACAUUGGCAUUGAUGCUCAGUAGGUUGAUGUCACCAUCAUCCUUUUAAAAUGUUCAGUGUGUCUCCAUGCAGAAACUAGCAGCUCUCAGACAGUACCAACACAAUCUUUUUGACUGACCCACUAGUCCGAGGGUCAAAAACCUGCAGCUUGGAGCCAAAUGCAGCAUCCUUUUUUGCCCCUCUUUAGAGGCUUCCUGUGGUUAUGCUAGAAAAGGAAUCAAAGUUUAGUUGUUUUAUUCAUGAUUGUUGUUGUAAAUUUAACAUCCUCUCCCUGUUAAAGUGUCAAAAUGAUCAUUAAGUUUAAAUUUUCAUCAGCUUCCUAAAUGUGUGCCAUAUUCUGUUUAUGCAUGAUGCCAAACAGUUUGAAGAUGAUGCCUGUCAGAGAAGUUUCUCCACCAAAAACCAUCAAAAACCGGUAAACUUUAGCUUUAACGCUUUUCUCGAUGAAGAUGAGACAUGCUUAUGGAGUCCUGUUCAUUUUAAAUGAAUGUAUGUCUGCGGGGGAGUUUCUCAACCAUGAACUAAAUGAAAUCCAAACAUGCCCCUGACUCACAUGAGAGCCUGCAGCCCUGUGUGAGGAUCGAAGUUAUGCCGUCAGACUCAGUAUGGAGCAUCUUUCAGAAGUCACGUAAGCAAGCAAGGAAGCUGUCAAAGUUUGCAGAGCAGCAUCUUUAUGCAUGAUCUUACCACUUCUGAUGUGAUCAUGAUCAACCCUGUUGGUUGGUUGAUAUCAUUGGUAAAGGAUGUUUUUAAUAAAUUAGAUGGUCAAAAAUUCUAUUUUAACACAAAGACUGAAAGUGGGCUAUGACUAUGUGUUAUUGUAGAGUUGUCUCUAUUUGUCGUUGAACCUUGUCUGCUUUGUGUCUUCUUUAAUGGCGGGUGGCAAAGCAUGUUGUGCACAAUACCCCCUAUUGACUGAAGUGUAUACUGCCAUCUGUGACCACCUUUUUUUCACUCAGUCAGACAUAUACAGCCCAUGACUACAUGUGCCGAACUGUAAUAUCCAUACCAUUAUGGUUCAGGGCGAAUACACACUGUUACACACCCCUGAUGAAUACUGCAGAAGUGGUAAUAACAAUGCAAAAAGGUCUUUCAAUUUCCUGUCAGUGGAGACGAAAUUGGCCAUCCAUGUUGGCAGCAGCAGAACCAGAAGUAAUGCAUUCUGAUUGGAGAGGUGUUUCUUGCCUAAAAAUGCUGGAAAAGGACACACGGAGCAGCAUUACCACUAUCAGAGGAUGUCAGGGUUGAAAACUAGCACCCAGCUAAUGUGGCAUCUUAAAAAUGGAUACCAAUGCAGCCUUAACAGGGUAAAUCUGAAACAUUUUUAGAGUAUGUAUAUUAGCCCAAUGAUGUGAAAACAGUCAUGGGUGUAUCCCUUAAUCUCAUGUACCAGAGGUCAGCAGAGACACCACCAUGGAAAAACUUCUUAUUUCAUCACUUCAAACACUGCUACUGUAAGUCCUAAACCACAUUAAACUGAUGAAAUCACCAAGAACUGUUUCAUUAGACCUAACAUUUGAGAUCUAUUAUCCUUAUUUAAAAUCCCCCAGCCUGAGAAACCAAAUAACCAAGGCCAUUCUGGGAAAAAGUGCUCAAAUACAUAACCGGAAAAAAUUCAGUAAAUCACAGCAACAGCUUGCUAAACAUUAAACACAUUUUAUUUUGAAGUAUAGCCUUGUUUGUUUGUUGGCUGCUGGCUGCAAUGAAAUGUGUUGAAUGUGAGGUUUUUCUGUUGCCAUAAUUAGGAGUGAGAGACUAUCAGGGCUCUGCUAGCAGGUUGUACUGCGUGGAGGACAGAGGGAUGGAAAUCUGGCCGCUACAAAUUGAUCCAUGAUUGAAGCUUAAUUAACACAGAAAGCCUGUAAAAACCUGUUAUAGUGUUUCGAGGGCCCAGCUAAGCUAGUUAGCUCAUUUUGUGGAUAGACUCAUCAGUAUAAGCAUGAUUAUGAAAUAAACACAAGAGACACACAGUGCAGUCUUUUGGUGGUUGUAGUCUUUUUAAUGUACUCCUUGUGUUUUUCCCUCUGAAACACUGUCACCAAAUCUGCGUCUUUUUGUUUCUCAUCUGAAUACAUUUUAAAUGAGCCGCCUGUGGCUUUAGUAAAAAUUUCAUGUUAUUUUUUACUUCUGCAGAGGCAGAGUUUCAUCAGAAAAACAGAGCGUGUGUUUUUGGGCUCACUGUUGUGUGCCUCCUGCCCCGCUCGGAGUCGCGUCUGGCAGCGCUGUGUUGUGCUGGGCAGGGCAGGGCUUGGCACUGUGCGCAGGGGGACAGAUGGUCUUACAUGUGAUCUAGUUGGAGGUCCAGAGUCGUACUACCCCAGCAGGGACCCUGGCAGCUGACAAGCUUGGCCCCGACAUCCGCGGUCCCUCUGUGGGACUCAGGCUCUGACUUCAGCAGGACCGGCCACCCAGGUGUUAACCAGACAGGCCGGCUCUUUUGCUCUCUGUUCCAGCUGCUUCACCUUUGUUGUUGCCACCAUCACACACAGGAAAACGCUCCCACACGACACUAAACAGAUACCCAUCAUAAUAAAACCACAUCGCCAGGAAUAAUCCGCCUCCAUUUGCAGCAGCUGAGUGAUCCAACAAGGCAGCUUUAUUACAAUAGCAGCAUGUAAAAGAUACUUUCACAUGAAAUAUAACAGCCGACAUUUUUAGACACAUUGAGCCCAAAGCUUCGAGUCAACUCAGGAUACUGUUUAUGUGUGAGUGUGGGUGGUUGUACCGAAUAAGCUGUUUUAAUGUGCCUCCUGUAAUGUGUGCCAGCAUAUCGGACAGUUAAACGUGAUGGAUGGAGACAGGCUGCAGCCAAACCGCAGCGAUACUGCUUUUGUUGCCGCUUGUGUUAUUCAUGAUGUCGCUGUUGAUGAAGUUAUCACAGCAACACCCCGAUCCUCACCCGAAUGCCGUGCGACCUCUCCACGGCUUAUGGCAUCAGGGAAAAAUUCAUCAAGUCAUCAUAGAUCAAGUCACACUGUCAUGGAUGGCAUUGAAAAAGUAACAAGGGCGAGCCUGGAUACCGGGGCAGCGAGCGGCUGAAAAAUGCAUUUAUUUUAGCCAACCUCCGCGACUCUGGGCUGGCCGCGCUGAUGCACUCCACGGUUAGUCAGCACUCCACCCGCUUUGCCAGCUCAGCUUUUAUUCCCUGCCCUGGAAAUUGAGUUUUGCUGGCCCUGUAAUGUACUCAAAACUACAUCUGCAACUGACUGAUAAAUCUACGCUUUGUUGCGCCUGACGGAUGGCUGUGAAAAUGAAAAUUCACCACGGCAUGUUGCUGUGUCAGGAGGAAGGUCAGUUUAAAUUUUCUCCUGCUCACUGAGGAAUCUCUGCUCAGGGUUAAGCCAAAAUGACCAUUUUGUCUCUAAUUCCAGUCGUGCAGCUUUAAUAUUUUCUGAGGCUCAUUCAGCUCAAUGUGGAGGUUCCUGGAUUGUUUUGUUUUACUGCUGUGACUCUGAGCUGCCUGUCUGAAAAAGCACUGCUCCCCUCACAAUGUGUCAACAAUAUCUAUUAUUUGCGGAGGGAGAAAUGCUCUGUAUCGACAGAGCAGUAAUUUUGUAUGUGCGUGUCCUUACAUACAGAGAGGGGCAGCACAGCUCGCUUGAUAAAUACCAAAAGAUGACAGAUCUUUAUUGUGGAGCAGCAGCCAACGUUCUGACACUCCAACGACCAAUUUCAGUCUGUUAACAAGGCCUGCAGCAGGAAUACCUCACAGCGAAAUGUCACAAGACCUCGCUUUCCACACCUCCUUACUCUCCCUCCUUCUGCUCCCUCCCCCGACUCUCCGGUGGACAUUCAACGAAUUGUAGUUCCUCUCUUUCAAUUUGCCGGCCAUGUUACCUCGUUCCACAAUGUGCUGUCCCCGGGGGGAUCGCAGGGAGGCAGGAGCAGCGGCCCCGGCCAGGUCCGCAGAGAGCUGAUAACCUUUCAGUGUUGCUUUAGCAGGCUGUGUAAAGAACAAUCAGUGCUUAUCAGCAUCGGCUACAGGCGAAUGCUAAUUCAAUGUCAUGCAGUCAGACUGCGGAGGGAGACCAAGCGCAUCACUGGUUUUCCCUCUGACAGCUUCAUGUUUCCAGCAGACUUCUUCACGUCAUGUCGCCUUCCUGAUCUGUAAUCCACUCACUCUGAUCUAUGAAGAGGAAUCUCAGUAAUUACCACUUUGCUUUGAAUAAAUGUGCAAAUUAAUUCCUGUUAAAAGAAAAGUAUUUCCUCAGAUUUCACAGGUUUUUGACUUGUAUCAGACCACAGCGGGGAAUUUGUGCAAUCACAGUUUUCAGCUAAAACUGGAAAACAUCAUUGAAAAAACGUCAAAUGUAGCAGUAAAAAUGUACAAAAACUAAAUCCUCCUCAAUACUGUCAAAUCACUUGUCCUUGAAACUCUUCAGGAGGCUGGAGCCAACUGCAGCUAAAUGUAUGAAACAAAUGGUAAUUCACUCUACUACCCCUGUUAUACAGAAAACUUCAAAUCAGGACUAAUCAGGAAUGAGCUGUGGUGUCCCCAUUUUUUACCCCAUAUUGAGCCUUUUUUCUGCACUUUGCUCAGAAAGUCAACUUUUCACCCUGAUUUUUUUAAUUGAAUAAGGAGCAAAAGAGGCGCCUGGAAGCUCAAUCUGUUACAGUAUGCACCACAUAGAAGCAGAGCAGCAGCCAAAAUAAAGCCAGCACGAAAGUGCAAAAAACUGAAGGUUCUUGAGUGUCCAUUUGAUACUGUCUUCAAAAGCCAAGGAAUCAACCGCUAACAUCCAUGAGAAAAUCUCAUUUAUAUAUCAAAAUUAAACACAUUUACUGGCUGAUUUAAAAAAACUUUUCAAACACUAAUUUCUGUAUUUAUAUUAGUGACGAACCAAAGCAACUAAUUCCCUUAUUGUUUUAACUAUACACAACUUAAUCUCCAGUUUCUAGAUAAAAGACUUUUAAAAAAGCUCAGUGUUAUGAGGUGCCAUCAGUCUUCUCUGCUUGUUUACAUCUGGCUAGUAGAGUAUUAUAGCAUCAUGGUAAUAACCAUGAACCUGAGCUAUAGCCUGGGCAAGUAGUCAGUGGCUGCAUCACAUCUGAGAGACGAAAUAUGAAAAGUGUUAGUUCCAGGUGUGUUUGGGCUGCCAGAUCAGCUCAGGUCCAGCCCCUGUUGAAGACGUCACACUACGGCAAGUCCACUCGAACAAACUACAUAGAGCUCCAUUUAAUAAGUCUAAUGUGCUUGGUUAAAAGCCCCUUGUGGUUUUCUUUAUUUUUAGAUGGCUUACAUCGUCUAUGUUUUCUAAAGGAAAAAGAAAAAGAAAAAAGAAUAUACACAGGGUCUCCGUUUAUCAAUCGAUAAUUUUGCUUUUAUUCCACAUUUCCUUUGUCAACCUUAAAGAGGCGGUUGUCCGGCUGUUGUAAGUCCCCUUUGAUAAGUAGAGGUAGAUUGCUUCAUAAAAUUCAUCCAUGUUUUCCCUGAAGAACUGCAAUCCCAUUUAACCUAAUCUGGCGAAAACCACUUCUGUAAUGUCCGGAUCAACCACAAUCUUCUACAUCAUCAGAACCAACUUCCAGCCAGUCAUAUAGCAUGACAUCAUCAAUAGGUGCCGGGCCCCGAGCCAAUCUGGCAGCCGGAACACAUCUGGUACCUACACUGGCAAUUUGGGCCUACUACGAUAAAAGUGCAAAUAAGUCCUUUGCUGGAUUAGUAUUUUAGAAGAUAAUGACAUUUGCACAUUCACACUGCAAAGUAUAUACACGUUAUAUGCAUAUAACCCACUAAAAUAACCAAGUUAUUCAGGGUGCAUGCAGAUAUAGAUAUGCCGAAGCAUGAUCAUCUUAAGUCUCAUUUCAAAUCCUACCAUUUCAUACCACAGUUAUGAUUCUACAUGCCCAGAGCAUUUCCAACAAUAACACAAUGUUUGCAAACACUGAAUGCAGUUCAUUUUCAUGUGUGUCAUUAGAAACAUUCAUCAAAUUCGGAGAGUAUUUAGCCAAGGCUGGAAAUAUGUGCUUUCCAUUCGCCAAUGCCUUUCACUUGAAGGGCUCCAAAAGAUGAUCCGAGAGUCCUCUUAUAUACAGUGCAGCAAUUCUGACCUUCAUGACAAAUAAAGAGGAUAAACUGAAAACACUUGAAGAUGUUUGAGGGAAUAGUUUUCUGGGUUUUGUCAUAGAGCACAAGUGUUUCCAAAAACAUCUGGGUAAAAAGCAGAAAUACAACACUAUUAUGUUGUGUAAUGGGACAAAUUAUUGCUCAAAACCUUUUACCUAAAUUUUACAAAAGUACCCUUUCAGUGCAAAUAUUGGAAGAAACAAAAUGUCAGGACAGAAUCUUUUUAUGCAGCUGCAGUGAAAGCUAGCAUUAGCAGGAGAGUAAUUUAUGGACUGCCAGCUGGUCUGUAAAGGUUACUACCACAGGCAAUCCAGAUAUGGAAGUCCAACAAGAAGCUCAUUAAAAAACUACAGGCUUGUAGACACAUCAGCACACAAAGAUGUUUCCUUUCUGUCUGGUGAGCAUUAUCGAGAUGGUUUAGUUGUUUAUACCAGGAAAAGUUGACAUGUUGAAGCCUCUCUUUCCUUGGCUGUGUGAAUCCAUGUGUCUAAUAUGCCUCUCUGACUUCCUGUCUCUUUGCCUCCCCCCGCAGCGAGAAUCGUGAGGAGCCGUCAGUGGUGUGAGAUGGCUCCCUGCCUGGAGGGGGAGGUCUGCAGCCUCCUGUUCAACCGAUCUGGAUGGACCUGCACCAGGGGCAGCGGUCGCAUCAAGACCGUCACGGUAAGUUACGAGAUAGGAUUUAAAAACACUCCAUAUGCACUUAAUAGAAUCAUGCACACUUUUUCAGCAUCUGUGACCCUGGCAGCUUAUGUGAAGCUACAGCUCGGGGCACGAGACGCCAUACUCGAAUUAAACCGCAGGUCAGCUCACGGUUACAAGUGCUGCAUCAAGGCUGAAUCACAAAGAGUCGAGCACUGUUGCUGACCUGCUCUAUGUGCUCGCUCAAAUUAUUGUUGCUUUAAUCCAACUCAAAUAUUGCUCUGAUGUUUUCUGCAGACAAAGCAGAUAGAUUAGCUCUGUGCUGCAAAUCCUAUACUUAGUAUUGCAGACAAACCUACUCUGCUUUUUAUCAGGAAAGAUAUUAUUCAAGGGAAUCCUUAAUUCUCCUUGUACCAGCAGAAAAACACAAGCAAGGAACCUGAGCAUUUUACUUAGAGCAGCUAGAAAACUUAAUAUCUUCUCUUUUAUUAUAAAUGAUUAUGAAAAUAAGUUCACAUCUUUUUGAAAGCAAAGUUUGUGACCCUGAUUAUUUCUGAAAUAUUGUGUCAAAAAAACAUUCUGCUGGCUGUGCCGACCAUUUCGCUGUACACCACAACUGAUGUACUGUUUUGUAUCAUAUUUCCUAAAUCUAAUGUGAAAAUACAAGAAAAACUGUACACCUUAAACCCUCUGAUAAAGGCUGGUGUUUAAUCUGCAGACAGACUUCUCAUAAUGAGCUGGAUCACAGUCUUAAAGAGUGAAUAAAGGUCAGCUUUCAAUUAUGGGCCUGAGCACUUUUGUAUUUCUAACAAUUUAAGCAACCUGCGGAUGUAGUCCAUAUUGAUGACAUAUCACCAUUCAUUCAUUCUGUACAGAUAUAGUGACAUCAGAUUAAUAGUGUCACUGUCUCCACAAACCAAGCGUGAAUAAUGAUAAAUAAAUGAAUGAUUUGUUCAACUGAAUUACAUGUUAAGUCAAUGCAAAGACGCGAUUACACGCUCCCACUACUCUGGCGGCACGUAUGAUGCAAAUUGGGCGGAAGCUGAAAAUGUCUCAACUUGAUCAGCUAUUCGCAUUGUGACACCUAAUCAGCACAGAGGUUGCCGGGUAGCAUAUGGAAACAUAUAGUUUUGCACCGGUAUCUAAAAUGGAGGACAAACCGAUCAUAUCAGUGCCCUGAAAUAGAAUAUACCUUUUCUUUUAAUUACCGAAACUGGAAUAAGAAGAAGCACGCCUGGAGGCAAGUGAGUGAGAAGAUUGGUUUACCUGGUAAAUUGUAAAAUAACUUUGUCUGUCACUUGGUCCCGCCGGUUGAAUUGGCAGGGAAUACAGUUGAAAUUACCGUUGACGCAUGAAUGAAGCAAGUAAGUACUAUUCAUUCACGCGUCUAGAAUCGCGCGAAUUGGGCGAGUAGCGAUGCUUUACACUGUCUGCUGCUCAGAGCUGCUCUCCGUGUGCAAACAUCACUGGUGGACAGACACACCAACUACAUGGCAGUGAAGUUUUUGAAAUCGAAAUAAAAGCCCACUUCUCAUACAAGCCUGAAGUAAAAGCAAAUGUCCUAUAAUUGUGGACUUGCAGUAUACUCCUCUAUUUUCUAGUCACAGAAAUUAAGGCAUUGAAUUAUAGAUUUUGAUCAUAGUUUUCUUCUCAUUUUACUGUAUUUAUCAAUAACUCCCUAUAAAAAAGCAGUUUAUGAGGCUUUAAAAGGCAAUAUUGUAAUCCUUGACCAUCCCUUUGGCUGUGCUAUCAUGUGUGGGCCAGGAGAUGUGAUGAAAAUACAUGAUGUUUUGGGGGCAGAAAAUACAAUAUCUGGUUCUGAUAGCACAAAGGAUUUUUGCAAUGAUUUUUUUCUUUGAAUUUGAGGGGUCCCAAACUGCGCACAGUGCAGCACGGAACUUAUACCCUCAGAUUUGACCCACAUCAUGGACUUAAACCUGAGAUUAAUAAUUUAAUACUUCCCUGCAGAGAACCUUUUUAUAUUUCUUCAGAUCUGAGCCGCUUACCAACUUACACCACAUACACGGCUGAUACAAAAAGCCUGAAAUCCUAAGUGGUAUAAUAUGUAAGGCAACUGCUACACUUCACAUCAAGGUCCUGUAUUCCCUCUCAGGCAUCCACUUCUGACCCCUUUACUAUACAUUAUUCUGCUUUUACACUGCUACUCACUGGGAAGUCAAUAAUUUGACACAAAAUAUUGGCUUUAGGUGAAUUUCAAAUGAUUUUGUUUGUUCUACCAAGAAAACAGUUCAAAGGACUCCAAGCUGAAACUGUGUCCAUGGCAACAGCAAUCUCUAAAGGCCUCUUAAAAUUAGCCUCCUUAGCUGCUCUCCAGUGAGGGUGAAGUGACACAAGGUGAAUGACCACAGCUCCCGGUGAUGGUUUUCUGUCCCAUUACUGUCACAGUCGGUUUUCUCAUCGAUAAAGCAGUCUGUAAAGACAGAAAAAAAAAAUCCAUGGUCUUUUUAGUGUUUGUAGGAAUCAGUGCUCCUCAAUUUUACCAAUGUCUCCAUUGCUCUAAAAGGUUCCUGCUGUGUCUGUAUUGUUUUCAUCUUUCUUUCUUUUAUUGUUGCCACAGUGACAACAUGCCAAUAUGUUUGACAGGCAUGAUGUUUGAUUUUCAGGACAUCUUUUUUGGGUUAGUUUAUGAGAUGUAGUCCUACAGCAUUUAAGAACAGAACUGCAUCUGUAGGCGAUUAGAGAUGCUUUCACACAAAAGUUUACUAUUCAGAAAUAACAUGUUAUGGAGUGCUGUAACUGACUGAUCAACACCAAACAUUACACAAAGCCAUCUGUUAUACAAAUAUCAUCUGAAUAUCUUAAAGAUUAUCUGAAGUCUUGGGGUUUUGUUUUCUGAGUCUUUUAUAGAUUGUUUUUUAAUGUAUUUUGAAUUUAAUGUGUAUUUUUCAUAGUGGGUAGGUUGGCAGCUAUAUCAACUACAAGUGGAGGUUUUCACACAGUGGUGUGCCUGUGCCUGAGAGCAGAACAAUUAUUCAUCUUAUUAUAAAAGAAACAUUGCUUUACCUGUGUAGACUACUUAAUUGGCAAAUGAAUAUCUAAAACACACAAGCUUAGGAUAAAAGAGUAUACCAUAUUGUAUCAUAUCCUAUCACACCAAAACAUACACCGCCCUCAUCAUAACCCAUCAUAACUCAUCCAAAUAAUUGGAAUAAAUCAGACUCUAUCACAUAGUAUCAUGUCCUACUGUAUAGACCUGGGCUGUGUCAUAUUGCCUCACAUCUUAGACACAUCUUUGUAUUAUAUUAUACCACAUUGUAUAGUAUUGUAUUGCAUCAUAUUGUAGGUUGACAUAUCUUGUCCUAACAUAUCAUAUCAUAUCUUACUCUAAAUUUUACUGUACUAUAUUGCAUUAUGCUGUACGGUAUGGUAUGGUAUAGAAUAGAAUAUUCCUUUAAUGAGCCCCCAUGGGGGAAAUUUUUUUGUCACAGCAGCAUCACAGAUAAAGUGCAAAAAUGCAGUUAUAAAAAUAAAGGUCCUAAUAUUAAGAACUUAAAUAAAUGUAAUAAUUAAGAAAAAAUUUAGAAAAAGGAAAAGGGAGAAGAAAAAUAAAACUAUCUACAAUAUACACAAUUUAAAUGCCAGCAAAAAAAGUGGUGGUGUGAGUCCAGUUAUUAUUACAGUUCGUUGUAAAGUCUUAUUGCAGAAGGGAGGAAUGACCUGCGGUAGCACUAGCCUCACAUUGUAUCUUUACCCUACACUGUAUUUUAAUGAAUUGCAAUAGAUCAAAUUAUAUAUUGUCAUAUAAUUUCAUGUCAUAUCAUAUCUUAUCCUGUCACCUUGCACUGUAUCUGUUUGUAUUGCAUCAUAUUUUAAUGAUCAUACAAUGUCAUAUCAUAGUACACAUAAACACAUAUGCAUUGAUUUGCUUCACAUCACAUUGUAUCACAUCGUAUUCUCUUCAUAUUAUUUUGCAUCCAAUCCAAGUAUUUUAACAUUUUAAAUAGUAUCCUAUUUUGAUUUUUAGUGUUGUAUUACAUCAACAUAUCAUUCAUAUAUAUAUGUAUAUCAUGUCACCCUAUUUCAAAUAAUACAGUAUUGCAUCAUAUCAUAUCACAUUGUAACAGCAUCAUAUCGUAUUGUCUAGUAUCAUACCCUUUUGUUUCUUAUGUUAACUUAUGUUAUAUCACAUCACAUUGUGAUGUAUGGUAUGGUAUUGUAUGUUGUAUCUAAUUGUGUCAAAGGCUCCACCUCAGUUGUGUACGGCUGAACUGCUGACUGACUCUGUGAAACAAGAACUCACAUAUCAAUCUGUGCAGUUGAUUGAAUAAUUCCCUCUUAUAAGAGAUCAGAGGUUUGAGAUAUCAUUGUAGUGCUGGGAUCUAUAAAUAACAACUGCUGAUAGUCUAUGACCUCUCCCUGACUUUGUGAGAGAUGUAAAUGAACAGAAAACAUGUUAAAUAUUUAAAACCUUCAAUAUGGUGUCAUCUGCUCCUCUGUAGGCUGCUCUCACUGUGCAACAUGCUUUUAGAGCCGCAGAGCUGCAGAGCUGCUGAGCUGCUGACUGAGGCUUCAUUUGUGAUUAAAGCUCAUUUGAUUUAGCCGCAAAAUGAUACCGAGUGAACACAAAGCCAUCACACAGUAUCAGCCUACAUGAGAGUUAGCUUUUAGUGCUCUGUGUGAUUAUAAAAGAAGGAUCAUUAUAAAUGUCUAAAAGCGAGAAGAGGAAAAUAGCUCUAUAGAUGCCUACAGUCUGGCCAACAAAACCUCUCCCCUGGUCAGCAGAUGAGUCGCCAUGGAUACAGGUCUCAGCACUGCUGUGUGGUUCACACUUGACAAUUUAACAGUAUGCAACUUUAUACUCCCAGGAAAUGAAGAUCUCUGUUCCUUUCAAAGAGCGGAGAAACUCACCAGGUGAUGUCUGCACUAAUUAUCUUUUGUGAGGUGAGGACAAUUAUACUCCCUGCACCAGCCUUGUCUCUUUAAAACAUGGCUCAUAUACUUUGGUGUCAGUGUUGCACUUGUUCAGCCUUACAUCUCGGCUUGAUUGCUCUGUUUCAUGCUUUGCUCUGUAGUCUCCAGUUGCUUAAACUAUCAAUUAAACGACUGAGAAGAAGGUUGGGAACUGGUUCUGGAACUGUCUGAAACAACAUGACGGAAAAUUGAUAAUAGCCACUAGGGCUGCACGAUUUUGGAAAAUAAUCUAAUUGCAAUUUUUUCCCUUAAUAUUGCGAUUUAAUAUACGAUAUUUUUUUCAAGCUCCUCUUCUGAUGUAUUCUUCAACAAACACAAACAAUAAAUCAAUCUGUAUUGUAGUAAACAAUAUUGUAUUAAUUCUACAUAAAUUGUUCUUUCUGGCAAUUAUCAUUUCACACACACACAUGCACACACCGUCAUAUCCGUCAUGAUACUAAUCUACACACUGAUGGCGAGAUGUAAUCGGUGCCCAAAACACUGGAGUUGGGUCUAUUCAUUCAGCUGUGCUGCCAUCACCGUGUUGGAUGUGUUUUUUGUCGUUAUGCAGACGUGGUUUAAAGUUGAAGCGCUGGUUGCCAGUGUUAUAGCCUUCAACUAUCGUACAUGGCUUUAUUGCAUUUUUUUAAGUGUUGAUAAAGGUUUGUAGUGUUACCUCCUGAUGUAGCAAUAGUAGCACAACAGGGUCUGCAAACAUUGUGCAGCAGCAUCUUUUUUUGUAAAAUAAAUCCACACAACUGCUGUGUUCCCCCUCUGGUAGGCCAUAGUGCAACAGAGUGCAGUGUUGACCUCUCUCUCUACCCAUUGUGCUUCGCUCACAGGUCACAUGACCAGAUCAUGUGACCAGUCAAAAUCACAGCCUUUGCAGUAAGAAAAUUGUGUUUUAUCAUAUCAUGAUGUAAUCGCAAAUGCAAUUAAUUGUUUAGCCCUAAUAGCUAGUAUUGUGUCCAGAUGCUCAGGGGUAGCCAAAUUGGGGCACUGACAUGGCAUGAAGUAUGUAUGUAUGGGGCACUUUUUGAGCGGAGCGUCAUCGCUCUGAGUCUCCCGCCCAGCCAAAAACGUCUGCGUACAACGCUACAGCGCAGCUCUGGUUUCAAGGAAGUGGACAAAAACCCGGAAUUACCGAGAGCUUUUUGGCUUCAAAUCCGUAUACAGGCGGAAGGCGGAACCAGGCUGUCCAUCUUAUAUACAGUCUAUGGUACACACACAUAAAAACAACCAGCAUAUCUUAACACUUUCUGUCUCUAAUUAGAAUAUCUUCAUAAACUUUCAAUAUUAAAGGAUAAAGCAGAAGUUACAUCCCUGUGUAAGUGUAUUUGUAUCUUAAAGCUCCUGUGAGGAGUUUUUUUUCUUUUUUUACAUGCAUGAAAUAAGCUGAAAUAUACAUGGGUGAAAGCAAACAAGACCAGUAGCAACAAGAUUGGUGAUUGAUUGACACCUCAGUUAUCAAAUAUGGAUUCCUAUAUUUAUCUGUACCAGGCUUGUAGGGUAGAGGAGAAGAGCGAGUGAAAAGGUAAUGAACACCAAUACAAGAGUUUUGUACUGUAAUUACAUCAACUAAACAAUAAAGAUUAUGUUUCCCUAUCUCUAAGUACCCCCCUUAAAUUAAUUUGGUAGAUUUCUCUAUUACCUCCCUCUCUGUCUAUCUGAGUUGGAUGCACAGUGUGAAAAAAUGCCUGCAGUCUUUACAGACACUCUCUGUGACUCUGGAGCACAGCUGCAAAAUCUGUUGUUCUGGCACCAGCGCCCACAUUGGACUCAGUUGGUGGAUGGAAAAAGUACAGCUGGGAUUAUUUUAGACUCUGCUUUUAUUAACAUAGCAAAGUUGAAGCAAAACUAGACUAUAAUAGGUCAAAACAAAUAAAUGUUUCCCCCAAAUAGGAGUUCAGAAAAACAUGACAAGAAUACAUUUCACAUAUUUUGGAGAUUCAGUCAGCAUGUGCAUUUGUCAAAUGUGCAGCAUAACGAGGCUGUGACUGCUGUAUUGAAUUGCAUUCUCAAACAAAUAAGCACUCCUGACAUGACUCCCAGGAGAACUUUUUCUGUCUACACAUCUCAGCCUAAGCUGUUUUUGACUACAUUAACCUCCAUCACUGGGACAACAUCCACAGAAAAUAUGGCAAAAUUACCAUUGAAGCCUAAACUACUGUGACCUAGUUUUGAAGUGAAAUGGGAACAAGUUGUUUUAUAAUGCAAACAUGAAUUUGACUUGUUAAUACAGACAGAUAGACUGUGUCAUAUUUUGUCAAACUACACCAACAGAAGUGGAAAAUUUCCACCAUGAUUCACAGCUAAGUGCUGACACAUGAACACUAUGGCUAUUUUUAGCUACAAUACAACAUAUCAGCAUGUCAGCGGAUUUUUGAUAGCACCCCAUGUUUGUUGAAGGAGAAAGGUACAUGGAGAAACUCGGUAUUGUCUUGCUGACUGUCCAUUCCUUUUUUUCCAUGUUUUAUUUCAAAGACUUUGUCCUACUGAGUGAUCAGUAUCAGUAAUCAGUACCCAGCUGUGUCAGAUUGGGUGACAACAGAGAUGUAAAUUUGUGGUUUAACUGACCAGCAGACCUGAUAGACUGCACAGAGGUAGCUGACCAAUCUCCACAACUGAUGCAAUGAAAGUGGAAAGUGGAGGGACAGGACGACACAACACCUUGCGAGAAGACUGUAAACAAACAUGUGUCUUUAGCACCAUGAAGGGUAUACUGAGCUGUCAGUGGUCAAUAUCACCUAAACAACUGAGCAACUCCAAGAAGGCAGAAAGAAAAUGUAACAUGCUAGACUUUCUGUCUAGAGAUUACGAGGUGUCUCAGAUGUGGCUCAGAUUGUUGUUCACCAUGACCCACUGCUUAGGGUAAAGCUGUUGUCUUUCGGGGUGAACAGCAAAGUCAACAUCUGCUGGAUCAGACUAGAACCAUGCUUGUGAUGUGUAGUCUAACUUCAAUUAACAGUGAAGCUUCAUUCUUGCUUAUUUGAAUUUUUAUUUACUGCUGGUUGACUUUUGAAAUAGUUUGUUUAAAUUUUUUUAAAUGAUGUUUCUUAGCAGCACCUGGGUGCAGACUUUUGUUUAUAUAGAAAACCAUCAAUGGGAGGUAGGAUGUCAUUGCAGCAGCUUUUGCUCUCCAUUCAAACUGUGUUUUUAUGGAAACACAAAGGCUUACUGAUACUCUGUUUUAAUUAACCAAUCUUUAUUAAUAUAGCACCAACUUUCAACAAACAUUAUCUCAAGAUGCUUUACAAAUAAGCUGAUGUAGACCAUAGUUAUAUUAACAAAGAUCCAGCAUCAAGAUGGGAUGAGAUAAUCUGGUAGGAUGAGGUACGGGAUAACUAAAAAAUGACCUCUCAGACCACUUUUAGAGCCCCUUAAGUGUGACACCCUUCAAAGGCCUUCAUGCUGGGAUCACAAUGUUCUGGAGCAGGAAUAGAGCACUACAAGCUCUUUAAAAUAUGCUGGUGCCUGACCAUAAGAGCUUUCUUGGUUAACAGUGCUCGGACUACAAAUGGUAACUAGGAUGUUUCCCAUCUAGAACCCUGAGUACAGAUUGUAUAUUGAGAUACAAUGGGAUGAAAGUAAAGGAGAAGCACCUUAAUGCAACAGAAUGUAAACAGAGAGCCUCAUAUUGCAGUGUGGGCAGGGCUUGAUUGCCGCCUGUUUCUUCAGGCAUGGCCGCGCUGCCUCUGAACUACCUCAAACAUUAAGUAUAACAGACUUAUUCAAAUUCUUAUAUGCCAUGCAUUAACAUCUGCUGAUGCAACCCUGGCAAAUGAAUAGACAAAAGGAGUAUUUCAAGUAAUCUUCUACCUCUGUUUAUGUAAAGUGGAUAAAUCUGUUCAAACAGCAUUAAAUGCAUGGAUAUCUGCCUCAGGCGAGGGAUGUCAAGAUAAAGAAAGAGAGGGAGAAAGAGGGAGGAAGGAGGGAAAAGCAAGAAGCAGAGCGUUGUAACAUACAGAGACAGAGCAAGUGAAACACCACAAUACAGCAUGUUGAUGUCAGCAAGAGAUGACAGGAUGGACAGAGCAGGAGAGACUGCUGAUCAUUGUCAGGUACAUCAGGCCAAAGGUCAACCUGUGACUAGCUCUGUUUCUCUUCACUCUCUCUCUCUGCCUCACUCUCUGUCUCUUUAUCUCUCUCUCUUUCCCCCUCCGCUACACUGUCCAGCCGCUCUGGGCAGCUGCGUCAGAUUUCACGCACGCAUUCCCACCGUGCCAUAAUCGUCCCUGACAGCACACUUAGGUUAGUGUUUGGCUUUUGUACAUACAUUUAGAGAAAAUGCAGAUUACGCUCCACUUUAUAUUCCCAAUUAGCCGCCGCUGAGGAGAGUUUUACUGCAGAAGUUAAUCACAAGUGAUGCCGGUGUUUCUUUGAGGGGGCAGGGAUAGGGAGGAUUUGGCAGCAGAAGAGAGGAGGUAUCCAGGGGUAUUUGUUGUAAGACCUGAAAUGGGAGGAAAGCACAUUCUGGAAGAUAAAUGGAAAUGAGAAAUCUAUAAAGAGGAUUGAUCAGGCAGGAGUGUGGAGAGAAGGAUGGGGGGAGCAGAACAGAGCCAGGCUGCUGCUCGGCCACUGGCCAAACUCCGUCCAUCCACAUCUGUGUGCAAGCCUCCAUGAGAAAGAAAGUGUGUGUGUGUCUGUAGGGAUAACUUUUACUGUGUGUUUAUCUCUGUUUUCCUGAGUUCAUACCCACAUCAUAGUGGAUGAUCCGGUGUGAAAAUUUGAGUUUCUAAAAGCCGAUAAUGGUGGUGCUUGUUAUUAACGAUACGCUGCGUAGGUUUGAUGUGGGUGACAAAUGUACCUGAUGGCAGAUCAUGAAACGAACAAAAAACACGCUGGACUGCUUUUAUAAUUUUACCACACAGGGUGAGGGUUGGGUUGCAUUCUGUUAAUCCAGUGCUGAAUUUAAGGCUUCAUCCACAUGCAUACAGAAUAUUUCUCUGACCUUGACCGUAUGGAAAAGGUUGAAAAACACCCACACAAGCAUGCCAGACCAGUAGGUUGCGAUAAUGAGUAAUCAGUAGGUGUGCAAACUUAAAGUUUUUUCAUAAUUGAGAAAAGCAAUACUAAAUACAUAUUCCUCUAAACCAUGUACUCUCUGCAGUUACAUACAAGAUGAAGCUGAUGGUAUCGUACAGUGGCAAAUGGAGGUGUACAAAUUGUCCAAUGUGCUGAACAUCAACAUGCAGAGUGGGCUUAUUAAUAACCUUUACAGACAAAGUAGCUCAGGAGGUAGAGCGGUCGUCCAAUGACCGGAAGGUUGGCGGUUCGAUUCCCCCCUAAUCCAAGUCUGUCCGUUGUGUCCUUGGGCAAGACACUUAACCCACCUUGCUCCCAGUGUGUGUCCUCCACUGGUGCAUGAUUGUGAGUGUUGUGUGGUGGUGGUCGGAGAGGCCGUAGGCGCAGAAUGGCAGCCACGUUUCCACCACCACCAAAGUGUGACUGUGUGAGCGAAUGAAUGAUGUAUCCAAUGUAAAGCGCUUUGAGGGUCUCUGAUAAAGCGCUAUAUGAAAUCUGAUGCAUUAUUAUUAUUAUUAUUAUUAUUAUUUCAGUGUCCAUUUUUCUGCACUCUUGUUCUUAUUGAUAUUGAUUGGGAGAACAACCAGGUCAUAAUAAGUCUGGGGACAGAAAAUGCAGAUACAUGCCAGCUUUGCCAGUCUUUCUGCAUUAACUUUCACCAUCCAGUCGACUUUGUAUGGGGCAAUGUCGUCGUGUAAAAAAUACCCAAUUAAAUUUGCCCACGAAUGUUGUGUAUUGCUCCCCAAAACAAGCUGGUAGAGAUCCCGCCUGUGGUUGCAGCCCCUACUUUAGUCAGUUAGUUGGCAUUGAAACAAGCUUCAAUCUUCAAACACCACACUGAUAGCUGAAUAUAAUGUUCCAGUGGCUGGAGUUGGCUGGAAUGUCAUACAACUAAAAAUGUUGUCUUUUGCACCAAAUUGGGGUAAAUUCUUAGCUGUUGUUUUCCAAAUCAAAAGUGAUGGUUCUCUAGCUAAAUUUCAACCCCUAAAUUAGACCUACCAUUACCAAGCAGACAUAACACAAAACCAUAGCCUCCCAUUUCUGAUAUUAGGUGGCAAACAACUAUUUACUUUAACUGCCACGCAGAAGUUGCGGAAAUGGUGUUAGCACAUCCUGAAAUCUCAGUUCCAGCUGUCCCUACAAAUACACACAAAAUCUUCAGUCUUCCAAACUUCCAUUUUAAGUGACCUCAAACUCCAUUUAUGUGGAGACACGGGACCAAACUGCAGGGAUGAAAACUUUUUCAGAAAUAUCCACAUAUGUUCAGAAGAGGCCAAAGAUACAGAUGGGAAUAGAUGAAACUUUUCAAUCCAAAAAGGAAAUUCUAGUCCUAGAUUGCUCCUGUAUUCCAGCACGGAAAAAUCACAGAGGGCAAAAAUUGCAGGUAACAGCUUUUUUACCUGUAGUUUUUGAACUAUUUGAGCAGGAAAUGUGGAUACUGAGCAAAGGAACGUAGCCAUGGGCCCAAAUACAACUUUGGACAUCCAGCUUGAGGCAUAACCCUGAUUUAUGUGGCUCCAGGCUUGGACUUCGAAGCCAGUGGUGUUCCAUGGCCAUGAAAAUCACACAGUGAGAAAUGUAAUAAGUAGGUUUAAUGAGGGUUUAAUGCAAACAAACAGCUUAAAACAGAAGAAGUAUGGAAGUAUCGUGGCAUUUCCCCAAAACGAUUCUCCGGCGAUAGCUUAAAUCCUGACGUAGUUUCAACACAUUUUCACACCAAAUCAUAACUAAACAGCAUUAAGGGCUGUGUGUGAGAUGUGAACCAAAAAGUCACGAGUUUUCUAAAGGAGAGAAGUUUGAAACAAUUACCACCAAAGAAAACGUGCAUGCCAAGUACUUGUGGCUCUGACUUUUAAAAUAAGAAAAACCAUAGCAUUCGCUGCCUGCGAAAUCUGGUCCAUGUACAAAAGUGUAAUUAACCUCUUUGAAAAACCUUCUGAGCCAGUGUCUUUUCAAUAGUGGCCAUGGGCAUUUUUUUUUUUUUUUUUAUUGUUGUCUAUUCAUCAGAAAAAUGCUCACUCACAAAACAGUGAUAAAUCAUUGACAGUAGUGUUGGCUGUCAUUCUCAUAUGUGGUGUAAAAACUUCAGUUGCACCUGAAAGUGGAUAUUAUCUGAGUAAUGAAAGUAAUAAUGCACAUGAUAGGUAAAGCAAAAGUAAGAUUCAACAUGCUGUGAACAAGUAGGAUGCAUCAUGAAUUGAUCAGUAAGAGAUCAAUAAUACAGCACAUUUGUGUCAAAUACAGUUGUUAAUAUACUGUAUGAAUCUUGCAGGACAAUUGAAGUUUAUCAAGACUGAAAGAUUUACUGAGGAUUUUGUGUAUUUUUAGCUGCAGAGGCAGAAACAGAGCAGCUUUGACUGGCAGCUUAAUUAAUGCUCAUAAUGUGAACCUUAGCAGCGACCUGACAUGAGCUUAGCAGCUCAAGAUAUGAAAUUUUUCAUUAAAUUAUUUUGACACUUUGAAAAAAAAAAUCUAAUGUCUCCCACGCUGUUGACAGGGUGGAGGCUGUCGGUGGUUUUCAAGGAGAUGGACACAAGUUUGUAAUGCAGUCAAAUUUAACAAACUCAGAUAUACAGCAACGUGAUUUGUCCUUCUAAUUACAUUCAGCAGAGAAAUCCGACCACAUUACUGUGGUCUUUCAACGUACCUUCAAAAUAUUGGUGCAAUGAGGUUAAAUCAUUCAUUUUUUCAGAGUUUAUCAUUUCAAAUGAUGAAGGAACCAGCCGGACAAUAAGCUGUGAAAACUUAUUCAUUCAAUUGUUUGCUUUUUUGAAGUCUGUCAUCAUAAGUGGUGAAAGCGAGGAUAGGCUCAACUGGUACAUUUCACAGCUGCUGUGUUAUGUGACUUAAAAAAGUAGCUUCCUCUGGGGAACAAUCUCAGUUGUCAACUCUUAUUUUUCAGAUGUUGCACGCGUUUGUUUAGUUCAUCUUUUUUGCAUCAGUGUUUACAUUUUGUAUUUUAACACUGAGUGCUGCUGGCUUCAGUGAAAGAAGAGCCACAGAUAAAUGUUCUCUGAAAGCAGGGAGUGAGAUAACGAAACCUGUUUCUGCUUGUUUUUUUUUUUUCCUUUCUGUAAAUAGAUUAAAAAGGCCAGUUGAGUGUACUGGAGACUGUGGCUGAGUUUCCAUGGCAUUUCCUGUUAAUAUUCAUGGGCCUUUUAGUGUUGACCCCUCAACCUUUUCUCCGGUGCUGCUAUCAGGCCAAACUGAAGAUGGAAAAACAUUAAAAUCUCAAAUGCAGACUGUUGGAAUCUCAUUUAACACUUUAAUUGGGUGGGUAUCUUCUCUGUUUGCUUCUCUUCUUAAAGCAAUCAAAAAUUAGUAAUAAAUCAGAUAUUCCAAAAGUACCAAUUUGGAGGUAGGAAAUUUGGAAAAUCUUUCUGCACCAUCAUCAGUUUUCUCUUUUGUGCUCUAUAAUCUUUAUCAUAUCGAAUUUUCCAGACAUCUUUCAGCAGAUCAAUACAGCUACUGCUAGUCGCCCAGGAUUGAUGUUUGGAGCUGUAUCCAUAGCAACACUUUGCUGUUGAGCAAUAACAGACUGUUCUUUUGGAGCAUUGACCAAUCAAAAUAAAGCACCAUACAGUCACAUGAUAGAUACAGGAUAUUGUAAAGUGAGUGGGUUGUCAUAGCGGAUUAGAGCCACAACUGGGUGACCCUGGGACCCAGGACCCUGACCCAGAGCAGUCAGGUUUUUACUGUCUUGUUAAAGGGAUAUUCCGGUGUAAAAUUAAGUUAGGCUCAAACACACUGUAACACCAAGUUGGACACCCCUUUAAAAGAUAGAUGUUACCGACAUCUUGCUUCUCUAGUUAUACCAACUUUAGCAACAACAGCACGAUAGUAGAGGAGUCUUGCAGCUAAAGGAAGAACAUUUCUGAUUAUUACUUUAUUUAAAUGUAAUCAGACCGAGACGCUGAGGCAGAGGAACUACUGUGUCUGCAGUGCAAAAUGAUUAUGAUGAUUAUUACUUCAAGGAAAUGAUCUGCUGCACUCGGUGAUCAACUCGUCAGGGCUCCAACUACAAACAAGCAGCUGCUGGAGGAGAGUGAGUGAGUUGUGUUUGGUCUCUUUGCUAAAGAAAUCAGGCAAAGCUAAAAAGAUGUUUGAUGGCUAGUACUAUGGCUGGGACCCUAUAUGUACUGUUGAUAAAGUUAGGUGCUGCUCUGAGCAUUAUUUGUGGCUAUUGAGUGGCUUUUUGGUUGAAGUUCGCAUGUGGAGACGUAGACUGCUGUGUAUUGCUAUUGUGUGGUCGUUGCUGAAGUUGGUAUUACAAGAGAAGCAAGCAGUCAGCAACAUUCAUCUCUCGGGGGGGUGUCUAACUCGGUGUUACGGUGUGUUUGACCCUAAUUUGACCCUUAAUUUUAAGCCGGAAUAUCCCUUUAAUGUCACCCAGUGAUGUUGAAGCCCCAACUUUUACAAACUAAUUCAGAAAUAAGAUGUUCAUACCUUAGGUUGAACCUUCAUCCUACACAGAAAAAUCUCGCCUUAUUCAUGGUCAUUUCCCAUAUCCUUGUUAAAAAUGAACUAGUUUAUGGCCCCUUCGUCAAAGAAAACUCAUUAUGUGCCUAAUAGAUCUACAUUUUGUGGUAUGCACUGAGAGCACCCCACCUGUCCACAGGAGUGAGUGGAAUGCCAAAGCCUUCAUUCUUUCUCCUCUGUAGUUUGUAUCUUUAUUCAUGACCGAGCUGCAGCUGCAGAUAUCGGCCAGCUAAAAAAACAAGGUGAUAGCAGCCUGCAGGUGUCCUUGAAAUUGUUAGACACAUGUUUCUGUGGGUGAGAGCAAAGAAAUGGUCAAAGCACAAAAACCACACACAAAAACAGUUCAAUGAACAAAAAGAAACCUGAACACAAACAAAGGGCCCUGCAGACGGAUUGCCCUCUGCUGGACUCAUCAACUGAAAUGUGAUCUAACAACCUGGAUCUUGAAUAGAUCUACUUGUUUUUAUCUACGUGAUUAACAUUUUCUCUGCUGAGUCUCAGUUCUUGGGUUGCCUUGAUCAUGCCAACAUCAAUCUUACUGGACUUCCCUUCAUGUAUUGAUAUGAUUACAGUUAGUCCUCCAGAGUCUGUGAUUAGAUCUACAUCCCCAGAAAAGGAUUGCUCAUCAAAACAUCUGCCAUCUUGAAACAACAGACCAUUGCUGUGAACUGUUGCUGUGUAAUGACCAAUCAGAAUCAAGUACUCAAUGCGGCUAUAGUAACACUUCACAGAGACACCAGGACGAUAAAAACUUUUAUGACUAUGAAAAAGUAAUUAUGCACCAAUGGAUUUGAAUCUUCCCCUUAUUGUUGUGGAAAAGGCUCUAUUAAUAAAAAUAAACCCAGUAUAAUGCACGGUAGAGUGUACAAUAGAAACCUCCCCACCUUCAAAGCACUCUGACAGUCAAACAAUCCUUGAAAACUUCACAAGCCUGAAAGGCUGUGAAGAUAAAAGAAAAAGUCCAUUGUUUUAAAAUUGGUGCAUUGUGGUAAAUGGUUAAUCAGAUCAUUUUUAUGCAAAAAAUAAUGACUUUUUUUGUCUAUGUCUUCUGGGAAAAACCUCUUGAAAGAGCAUAAAACAAAAAAAAUCAAAGCUGCAUAUUUAAUUUUAACUUUGUGGAAAUCGUUUGAUCAUUUAGUUCAGGGUAGGGUCUUUGAAUAUGUUAGGCCAACCAAAAGCAGAUAUUUGAUAAAGUGAUAUAUCAGACUAACUGCGCUGCACACUUCUGUUGGUAACAUUCACCUGCUCCUGAUACUCUUCUUAAACGCUGCUACCUCAUCCCCUCUCUGCAGUCCGCCCUGCUGUGAGUGAAGCUUUCGGUGGCACUGCCAGGUCACACACUCCAGCCUAACCUGCUAAUGGAGUUUGCAUAUGCAGCCCGCUCUCCUCUGCCAGCUAGCCAUUAAUAUGAAUCACUCUCUGGAGGCUCCCCCAAACAAGCUGGCAAUUUGUCUUCACUAGUGAGCCGCUGAAAGGUCUACAUAUGAUAUUCUCCAAGGUGGAGAAUGCAAUUCUGAAAGGGGUGGGGUGAGGUGGUAUGAGGUCGGUUUCAUACACUUGACGGGGAUGGGUGGGUGUGGGUUUGAAUUGCUGGUUUGCACAGGUGCACAGAUGUGUGUUGGGCGAGCUUGAAUGUAAGGAAGGUGGUAGCUGCCGUCAGGUGGAAAAUUGACACAAGAGACAGACUGGAUUCAGGACGGUGAAAUGAUUUCUCUCCUUUCAGGCGAGCAAGACAGGCUGUGAGAUUGCAUCACUUGCACCCGCUCGGUGAGAGUUCUGUUGAGAGCACUACUGAGCUCUAUUAUCAGCAUGUGCUAAUCAAAUGAUGGGCUCAGACUGAAACUAUGCUCCUUUAUUGCGUGAUGAGACCUCUCUGUUUUUCCCACAUGUUUCUCUCUGCGCUGCAGGGAGCCUAAAUUAUGAAAUGUAAGCACUUGAAACCCUAAUUUGACCACAUUCAGACUGUGGUUUUUUACGUGUUCUGCUUCCCUCAGACAAUACUCGACAGUAGCUGGGAAAGAAAUCUUCCUACACCCACACAACAAAUGCCACCGCUCUGCUAGUGUGUGGCCUGGAGAGAAACAGCACAGUUGCUGUCGGGCGUUUUUUGCUAAACGAAGGAGAGAUGCAAAAUGAGCAGCAUAUAUACACACGCACACACAGAAAACACACACAAAUACAUACACAGACAGCACGACCCAGUAGGUCAUAGAGGUUUGCAUCAUAUUUUUUAGCAUUUUCUGCUUCUUCACUGCUCUGGUGGCCCUCCUCCAGCUAUGCGCGCUUUGUUCCAGCCUGAGCCCGGGUGGAGAGCUGGUGGAGUGUGUGUACUCCUGCCAGUGCUGCUGUAAACAUGAAGACAUCAUAAACACUUAGCUUGGUGGGCGCUCUGAAAGGACGCCAUAUGACACUCAAUCUUGAUGCAUACAGAUAUAACAGAAGAUCAAAGAUGUAGCUUGAUGAAAGGUGCAGAAAAACAGAGGGAGGGUGUUUGAGCAGAAAAUGUCACAAAUGCAAAUUUGACAUACAGAAACUCCACAUUCAAACAAAUGUUCCUCUCAGUCCUGAUGGAGCGAUUUAAUUCUCACCUCUUAUGAAAGAGCUGAGAAAAUGACACAGACACAGGAUGGAGUUUCACUGCGACAUUAUGUAACGCUUGCUAGCACCUCGCUUAUAAAGGCUUCAAUGUCUACAACAAACCACCAACGAACAGCCAAGUCGUGUGUGUCGCCAUGGUCACUGCUGUGCUGGCAGCCCAUCUGACCUGUGACUGACUCCUAAUGAGCCCGUUGCUCUAAGCCGACGCCACACACUCCCCGGUUCUGUCAGAUACAAAACUAUGGUGGUUCAGAUUCUGAUCACAGACCUCUGGUUGGGUCUGUCUUUGAUGUAAAAGGAUUGAAAAAUACAUUAAGUGUGAGAAAAAGUAAACAGAAAACAAGAGGGGGCAACAUUUAGUCUCUCAUGCUCUGCCAAAAAUGCUCUUUGCUUCACCAACAAGAAGCAGCUCUUAUUAUCUGUCUCCUUUUCAAAAUGUUUUCAGUCCAUUUUCUGUAUUUUUCUUCAAAUUAUGAAACACCAUUGGAACACUUACAACAAUACGUCUUUUCUGCUAAUCUGUUUUGAUAAAUCUUGACCUCCACUGUUGUCCAAAAAGCAUUCAUCGGCUGCACUGAUAAACUGGGUGUCAUUCUUCCAUAUCACUAAAAGGAGAGGAUUAUUUUUUGUUGACAUAUCCUGCAGCUCCAAAUACUUUUGAGGGUUUUAGAGCUGUAUUUAUCCAAAAGCGGUUUCAAAACUAACAUGUAGCACAACUUGUUCUAACAAAAAGGUUCUUCUAAGUAUGUAACCAGAGCUUAAAGGCUAAAACACUUUCACCCUUGUGGGUGUUUUUCAGUGUUCUUGAAAAAAGUAUAAUGUAGCAUCCACGGACAAGUAUCAGCAGUUAAAAUCUAAACUGAUUUGAUUUCCUUUGUAAUAAAGCAGGGAUGAAAAGGCAUUAAACAGGUGUACAUAUCCCAACAUCUAUGAAAGAAAGAGCCAGGCCACAGAGCACGAUGCGUCAUUUACACAUAGAUGGUUCAGAUUUUAAUGCCAUUUUUCGAGUUUAUGUUGUGAUCUGUGCGAUCAACCCACCUUUGUCACAUGAGGUUUAAAUAUGUGCAACUUUAUGUGAGUGUCUUUAUUUGUGGAAAGGGUGUUUGUCUUACCAGUGGGUCCAACAUUACACGCACCAAAUCCAUCUGUGCUCAUAUGAAAGAGAGUGGAGGACGCCCUCUGCAGCGCUUACAGCAACACUUGUUGGGGAGCUGCCUUCUGUCGCCAUCGUGUGGCAUUACUGUCUUCAAACAUCUCUUGAUCUCUUUGACUACUUCACGAAAAUAGUAAUACGCCUCGCCGGUGACAGAUUUAAAGGUGAGGAGAGAAGCUGAUGUUAUUGGUCAAUACAGGUCUUGGCUGUGUUAAACCCACUCCACGCCCUCUCUCCUCCCUCACUACGACUUACGCCGCUGGGAGGAGGUGAGUUAGGGAGGGGGGAUACUUACGCUGGGCUGCGCCACUCACCAAAAUACUAAAUUGUGCUUGGGAACGCCUUGUCAGCGUGGCGGACCUGACUUACGCUGCACAUACACCACGUCUCUGGCGAGGCAUGAAAAUAGAGCCCUAGCUGUACCCAAGCAAAGAACCCUCUCCAAAACAAUUCACAGAAUAAAGUACCAUGACAGAACAAACUCGUACCUUUUACUCAUGUCUAGCUGGAUGCUAUCUUGAAACCCGGUGCAGUAGCAGCAGAUGGCUGUCUUACAGACAUCUGGUUCUGCUCAAGGUUUCUGCCUGUGAAAGGAAUUUUCUCCUCUCAACUGUCACUUGGGUCUGAUCAGAAUAAACUCAUACCUUAUUCUCAUGUCUAGCUGGAUGCUAUCUCGAAACCCAGUGCAGUAGCAGCAGAUGGCUGUCUUACAGACGUCUGGUUCUGCUCAAGGUUUCUGCCUGUGAAAGGAAGUUUUUCCCUUCCACUGUAACUUGGGUCUAAUCUUACGAGAUAUGGCUCAUUUUUAUCCUAUCUUUACAUUGGGUCUAUGUGGAUAAAGUAUGAUCUUGACCAGUUUUUUUAUUAAACACCUUAGAUGGUGAAUUGGCACUGUAUAUAUAAAGACUGAUUGAUUGAUUAAUUAAUAACCCUGAGCAGUAGUGAUCAUGACCCGCACUUCUUCAGUCUUUACUUGCUAGCAUUUCUCAUUUAUGUCCUAUUUUAUGUCAGGUGAGUGACAAACCUGUCCUCAAAAUAAACAUAAAGACCCACAUGUGAAUAGCUUUGCUUUGUGAGAGGAUUUGUUGACUACAGUGGAAGUAUAUAGGGAACGUUCAGUUAGAGUAGUCACAACUCUUGAAGGUUUUCAGCAUAAUGCAUGUCUGGUGCUUCAACAAAGCGGUCAACAAAUAAAAGCCCUGAAAUUCACAGUGUUCUUUGGCUGAAGAAAGCAGGGCACCAUUUUUCAUGGCCAUGAAUGAGUCACAAACAAAUAGUCACCAAGGACAAGCAAAAUAAAUACUGAUGACUAAACCCAAUUAAACUUCAAAAGCAAGUGCAAAUCCGGAAAAACAGAAACGGAUUUCAACUCUGAGUCACAACUGUUAGCAAAGAAUCUGUUCGGUUCUUUCACACAGAGCUGGGUCUGAGUAAUAGUAAUGACGAUAUUAAUUUGUAUCAAUACACAAACAUGUGCACGUAUCAUGUGAGUGCAUUGGUUUAGUUGUGUCUGCCUGGGCCGCAGCAGCCUGCCACGGGUUUGGUUCUAUUACCACUGUUUGCUCCAUUAGUAAUGAGCAAAGUUUCUCGAGUUUUGUCCAUGCCCUGCUGGCUAACUAGUCCUCUUCUUUGUCAGUUUAAUAUUUGGUGUUGGCUGCUUUUUGCCUUUAAUAUCCCUGUGUCCAAACUUUGCUUUAUCCUUGUCUGAAUAUGUCCAACCCGGUCUCAUAAGAAAUCAUGAAACUGUCAUGAAAAUUAAUCUAUUGUUUCGUGCAUGCCAACACGAUUUCCUCAUUUUUUCGUGUAACCCAAAACAAAUUCCAAAAUACUGUAUUUUAAUUGGAAGUUCGGGAAAAAGAAGAGGAAAUUGUGUUGGCACGAAAUAAUAGAUUAAUUUUUGUAACAGUUUCACGAUUUCCUAUGAAACUGGGUUAAUAUGUAACGGGGCAAAUUUGGUAUUUUUACAUUCCACCGUAAUACAAGAUUAGAGAGCCAGGUGUUUUCCCUGCAAACGUCAUUGAAGCGAUAACUGAUCACAUGUAUGGCACAUACAAAAUCAUGUCAUCAACAAUUGCAAUUCACAAGAUGAGGUAAUAAUGUCAGUGUCUGGCGAAACUUUUACAUAAACACACAGAAACCUGAUUUAUGAAAAAUCUCCACCUUCACCUCUCUGUGCACCAAACCACAUGGGGGGAAAAAACAGUUUUUCAGAAUACCAACCUUCAUGUAGACAAGGCCUGAGAUCCUCCUGAAAGUUGAAAGACACCAAAGUUAUGCAAAUUCAACAAACCUUUUUUGUUAAGCAAAUUCAACUUGAUUCCACUUUAGUCCUGCACACGUUUCAACAUGGUCUUUUAACUUUGCAAAGCUAAAUGAAUAACUGGGGGUUUGGUUCACUGUGUCUUUAAUAUCUCAUAAGCACUGUGUGCAUGAGUCUGACUUUUCUUGAAGCGUGAUACAAGUCCCCCUGUUAGUGGUUUCAUAAAGUGCAGUACCUGAAAUAAUGUGUGAAACAGCAUAAAUCAAGCGUAUCCUGUGUGUAUCAUCCUUUGAAUUCAUGGUUAGGCUUAAAAUAAGAAAAACUCGUAAAGCACGGCAAUUAGUUUUAUUUUCAUUCAGUCUGAAAUUUGCACCCAAAUCGACUGGAAGUGAUGCAAGAGACAAACAGCUGGCUCAGCCAAUAUGGCUCUAUUGCAGCAUUAGUCCCAGUUGCUCAUGGUGGAUGCAUAUAGCGUUACACAUGAAAAAACAUCAAAACACCACAAUUUUUUAAACAGCUGCUGUGAAUCAGGCAUUUUGAGCUGCAGAAAUCUCAGGAAAAGCCUACAAAAUCCUGGAGAGGUUGGAAGCUGGGAUCUUCAAAGGUCGCCAGUUUUGCUUUGAAGAAAGAUGGUCAUUUAGGGCAUCAUAUAAAUACUAUAUUUAUGUUAUGUCUGUCACACACAAACCACGCUGUAACCGCAAAACAAAGCUGGCUUAUUCUGGAGCAACAUAAAUUCCUCCUUUUUCAACAUGCCUCAAAAAGAAGAAGAUGCAGACCCUCAUACACACUGCUCUCAUGCUGCUGAUGCAACAUCAGGGGCUCUAUUGGAACAGUGGAGGCGUACAGCCAGUUUGGUAUUUUCGUAGACCGAGGCGCACCGAGGUCUGCUAAGCUGGGCGUGGUGGCAUGGCAGAGGGAGGUGUUGACAGAAUCAGCUGGCGCAGUGACAUUUUCGUGCCGGUGGCGUGAAAAGUGCGCUGAAAGCUCGCCGAUUCAAACCUGGUCAGCUUUCAGCGCAGGCGGAGAGCAGCUGGUCUAGAGGUAUUUUGGUAGACCGGCGGCGUAUCGGCAUACGUCAUCGAUGCCUCACCGGCAGGUUUCCACAGUGUCAGGCACAUUUCAGUGCAAUAAAUAAUCAUCAACAACUAAUAAUCUAAGUCAGCACAUACAUUUAGAUCUAUGGAUAUAUUCUGAUCUAUAUCUUAUCUAAUGAGCGUGUUUGGCACGCGUUUGUUUGGAAUUAACACAGCUGACACCGCAUUAAAUUAAAUAUCCAGUAAACAGUCACACAUGAUGAAGUUAACAAGGUAUGUAAUUUGUCCUCCCGCUUAUCCUCCUUUUUCCUCACGCAGCUCAAUAAGUGUUAUGCUGCACCCCUUCCAUAGAAUGCAUCCCAUCCACACCUUAGCGUCUUAAAGUGGAAAAAAAAUAUUUAAACAUAUUUAAAAAAAACAGUAUUGGAUCAUGACAACAUGUUAAAUGGAGCAGCAAACUUUUGUUCUGUCUUUAGGUAUUUAAAAAGUGCACAUACAGAGGUGUACUUGGGUAUAUAAACUGUAAAGUAAGCUGUUAAGGUAGAGAACAUUAGAUUUUCGGGGCAGCAAAUAUUCUGAAUCAGAGGGCUAUUGUUUUCGGCAUAUCUGAAUAGCUUGAAUGAAAUAAUUAAAGGCACACGCUUUAGGAUCAGUCCAACGGUAAGGAAAACUUGGAUUAUUUCACCUUGUUAUGUACUUUCAACCGUCAGGGGGUGCAUUCUAUGGCACAACACCUGAUGUGUCUCCAUGUCCUUUCUCUGUCCUGCUGCUGCAGCGGUGGCACGGCUGACCAGAUGAUUUACUUUAAUGAUCAGAUUAGUUAUUUACUUCGAAAAUUUGAACGAAAAAAGAAAAGAACCUUUCACUCAAAAUUACCUGUUUAUCUGAUUUCCUCACAUCAUUAAGAUUCUGUAAAUAUUCAAUCCGGAGUCAGGCCCACAUACAAAUGUUAUAAUAUUCAGUUUUGUGAGCCAAAUUUAUUUUAUAUGCCAACAUCUAUGAAAGAGCCAGGCCAUGGAGCGCGAUGUGUCCUUUAUGCACAGAUGGUUCCGAUUUUAAUGCCAUUAUUGGAAUUUAUGUUGUGAUCUGUGUGCUCAACCCACCUUUGUCAUGUGGGGUUUAAAUAAAAAAUUUAAAUGCAACUUUAUGCGAGUGUCUUUAUUUGUGGAAAAGGGUGUUUGUCUUACCAGUGGGUCCAACAUUACACACACCAAAUCCAUCUGUGCUUAUAUGAGACAGUGUGGAGGACGCCCUCUGCAGCGCUUACAGUGUUGAGGAGCUGCCUUCUGUCGCCAUCGUGUGGCAUUGCUGUCUUCAGACAUCUCUUGAUCUCUUUUACUACUGCACAAAAAUAGUAAUAUGCCUCGCCGGUGGCAGAUUUAAAGGCGAGGAGAGGAGCUUAUGUUAUUGGUCAAUACAGGUCUUGGCUGUGUUAAACCCACUCCACGCCCUCUCUCCUCCCUCCCUACGACUUACGUCGCUGGGAGGAGCUGAGUUAGGGAGGGGGGAUACUUACGCUGGGCUGCGCCGCUCACCAAAAUACUAAAUUGUGCUUGGGAAUGCCUUGUCGGUGCGGUGGCACGAAAAUAGAGCCCUAGGAGUUAAGACCAAAAUACAACAUUAUUCAACCAGAAAAAAAGCAGAGGUGCCUCUGCAAGACAUAUUUAACAUCUGAGGAGCUGCUCUGUCUCUGCAACAAUGUAUGUACUGUAUGUUAUAUUCAAACCAUUCAUCUGCAUAGAGGCAUUCAUGCGUGCUUCAAGUUUGGGCUAACUGCUCUAUUGUAACAGCUGUAAACAACCUAUGACUUCUUUUAGUUCUCUGCUCAAUUAAAAAUAGUAAUCAUGUGCUAAAGAAAGUGUUUUAAAAGACAAAAUCAGGUAAAAGCUGGAAAUUCUGCUAGUGAUCACAGCCCUCAGUCUUUUUUAUCUGUGAAUGUGAUUUUAUUUUUAUAGACACAUUCUCCAUUUUGAUAGCAGAUCUUUAUCUAAACAGCUCAUCCCACUGAGAAUAAAAUCUGUUUUUCAAGAGGUCCUUCAGUGCUCUUUUGGCUUUCAGUCCAAUUUGCAGCGUGUACAGUACAUUGCUCUUAUCUGUCAAAUGAUUUGAGUGUAUCUUUUUAGCUCAUGUAAUUUGUUGCUGGCCUUUCGCAACUCUUCUGUUGUCGCUGAGCCGCCUGCUGAUUCUCUUGGGAUGAUUUUUGUGCUAAAUUCUCAGUGGGAUAUCAUCUUCGAGAAAAGAUGGGCCACAGAAGUGUAACACAACUGUGAUGGUCCCAGGUGCAAAGAUGUUUUUCAGCCCUCCUUCUUGACACAAACAGAAGUGUAUGAAACAAACAAAUUUAAAGUAGAAAGUGUGUGUCACCCUGAAGGGACUCAAAGUGCAACUCUUAUUCAAAGCAGUUAAUGUCAGAACCAGACAGCAAAUAGUGGUCCAUUCAUCCAGACUAAUGGAACAGCCUGCAGUGUGAUUUCUGUGAACUGUUCAACAUCCAGAAUAGCUUCAGAUGACAGGUAGCUAGCACACCUAUGUUGAUAAGUAGAAACACACAACUAGAGGAAAACCCUUAAAGCCUAAAGACAAUGAUAUAAUUUUAAAAAAAUGGUUAGCACUUUUUAAAUCAGGGUUACUAAGUCCUUUAAAAAUAAUAAAAAAAGGAAAUAAAAUUUAUGAAAAAAUAAAAGACUUAGGGCCUGAUUUUUGUGUGUGCAAACAAAGAUUGCAUGUGCUAUUAGUGGGCAGGUUGCAGGUGAUCUACUUGAUGGGUGUAAAAGUGGUGUGGACCGCCCUAUUUAAAUGAGGAUUUGCAUCCGCUACUUGCUGUCAUGUUUGUAGCCAUGAAGUUGCACCUGGGAAGUCAGCAUUUGAACAAGAGCCAUGUUUUGGGUCAUUGGUGUAUCAAAGGAGUUAUGGCAUGGUUCCUUUUUGUGACUGGCACCAAAUCAACCCUUAGGUCAAAAAUGGCAUGGCCAGAUAGAAACUAUGUCUCUACUAUUUUUAUUUCUGACAGUCCAAAUAUGUUCACAGGCGCAGGUUAGAUUCUCUCUCUCCAUUGUCUGUCAUUGCACCUAUGCCUCCCUUUCGCCAUAAUGGCCACAGCCAUCUGUACCAGUUUGCACCUGCCUUUUCAACCUGCUUAAUAAAGAAAAAAAAACAUAGAGUGCAGUCACUUUCAGGUUGGAUAAAUCACAUUGUGGGUGCUAAAUGAUUCUUCUUGCAUCUCCUCCUCUGAGUAUUUUGCGCGGUCUGAUAAUCUGCAUAAAUUUUACAUAUUGAUGAAGGCAAACAUGCUAAAUAGAUUGUGCAUGGUAGUUUGCUCAUUUGACAGGCGCAAUCCUCCAUGCACCCAGUUAGUAGAUCAGCUUUGUACUACCAAGUUUGAAUGGGUUUUGUACACACAAAAUUUUAGUAGAUCAGUAAAGUAGUAAAAUGUUAGCAAGAGAAUAGAACUGAAUAAGAACAGGACAGAAUAGAAGAAACAGUGUAGAAUAGAACAGAAUAGAACAGAAAAAGAGGAAAACAGAACAGAUAGAAUAGAAGAAACAGUAGAAUUAAACGGAAUGGAAGAAACAGUGUAGAACAGAACAGAACAGAAUAGAAGGAGAAGUAGAAUAGAACAGAAUAGAAUAGAAGAAACAGUAGAAUAGAACAGAAUAGAAUAGAAGAAACAGUAUAGAAUAGAACAGAAUUGAAGAAACAGUAUGGAAUAGAACAGAAUAGAAUAAAAGAACGCAUAAACAAAACAAAUUGAAAAGAUUAGAAGGUAGAAAAAACUGAAAUGAAUAGAACAGAAUCAAAUAGAAAAGGACGAAACAGAAUAAAAUAGAACUGAAUAGAAUAAAGGAGAAUAAAGGAGAAAAUAAACGGAAUAUAAUAGAAAAAAAAAGAACAGAAUUGAACUGGAAUAACAUAGAAUGUAACAGAAUAUAGUGUAUAUAACAGAAAUAGAAUGUAAUAGAAUAGAACAAAACCAGAAUAGAACACUUUAUUGUUAUCUUACAUUUUUCAUGUCCCGUGUGCUUCUCCAAAACUUUAAGAAAGAACGUUAAAACAUGAACAUUCAAAAAUAAGUAACAGGGAAAAAAAGUAGUAUCCUUCACCUUUGAUACUCAUUUAUUUACACACACAAAUUUUCAGACUAUUACAUGCCCCUAGGGAGACAUACAGAUAGAUGAUCAGUUCACUGCACUCAAAGCUGAAUCCUCCUUUUUAGUGAUUCAUAGUUUACCCUGUGUAGUCUAACCAAUAGUAGCUCCAUCUUUGUUGUCACCAUGCAUCGAGAAAAGUUUGUAAAUGAAAAUUAAAAAGACGCAAAGGCAAGCAGGAUAAGCACCACCGUUACUAACUCAGCAUUGCUCAUAUUUUAAGUGAGGAGUUAGACUCGCAGUGAGGAAGUAUGAUGAAUUUUAAAUAUCUGACCUCCAGAACAAUUUCAUCUCAUCAGUGUCUCAUCAACGAAAACAAAGGGUGUGUUUGUCAGAGUUUCUGUUAUCAGUGAUCUAUAUCAGCUCAUCAGCGUCCCGUCUUCAUCAUGGAAAAAAAAGUCGCUAAUGAGCAUUUAUUGUCAUAAUUUUUGUUGAUGAAACCAACUCUGCUGAUGAUACUGGUCCUAAUGGCUGACUUCAGGUUGAGGCCAAGUCCCACAAAGUUCUCGAAAUGAAAUGCGCUGCACAGAGAAGCUGGAAAACAUGUCUGGGGCCAACAUUCAUGUCUCUCAUGUAAAGAAAGGUUAGUUAGACACAGUAUCAUUAGGUACUGAAAAAUACGGAUCAGCAUAACAGGUCUCCUUUAAACUCUUUGAACAAGGUAGUUAUUCUUGUGACAACUAAUGGUAAUCCUUUAGUCUCACAUCCCUGUUAACGUCUGGUUCAGACCCAUCAGUGUCCUGGUUGGAAGGGUAGUCAAAGUAAAUCUCACAUGCUCAUCUGUAGUUUUUAGCAGACAUAGACUACAAGUUCUUGCAUCUUUGUCAGCAGACUGUCUCUUAUGCUACAUUACCAUGAGAAUGACAGAUAUGGGCUUAAUGUUAUGGGCCCUCUUAAGUGCACAGUCCCCAGUGCAUUGAGAUGCACAGCCAUCUCUUUCAUUAUUUGUGUUGUAGAGCCAUGGCUAGCAGCAUUGUUUAGCUUAAAUAAAAGCAUAAUAAGAGACAUAAAGCAGGUCGUUUCUUGUUCUGAAUGCUCCAAGGAAUAGAUACAGUAAAAAUAGGCCUCACAAAGAAAAAAAGGAUGUGUUGAAAGAAGCGGUCUUGUUUUCAAAACAGCCGAAAAAUAUCAGGGAGGGGAGCUCGACUGGGGGUUAUUAGGGGGAUGUUUGUGUCUUCAAAAUGCUUUAAAAAAAAACCAGGCCAAAACAUUUUCAAAUAUUAGGAAUUCAUGCUGAGCUGCAUGUCCUUCAAUGCUCCGCUGACUUUCAGUCUCAUUUGCAGCAGAAAUGAUUAAAUUCUGUGCACCAGCAAGUAAAUUCCAACCAUUGUGCAGCACUUAUACAGCCUAUUUCAGCAGAGUUUGGCUGAUGGAGAAAGAGUUUUGAUUUAACAAGAGGGUUUUUUUAUUGUAGUGGUAUCUGGCAGAAGAGAUGCAAAUCUGUAAUUAACUGAGACUAUUAUUUUGAAUUCAUUGUUAAUCAAAGGCCUUCAAAGCACCAGCAUUGUUUCUUUGAUACAGAGCAGACAAAAGCGCUUCGGCCCGACUUUUAUGAUUUCCUGGCUCACCUCCAGCCUUUCAUAUACAUUCCUGUCUGUGGAGUGACAGUGCUCUUGUCAUAUCGUAUCUGACAGCCCCCUCAGUGAUAACAAGCGGCUUCAUCUUUGGAUGUACAUUUUAUAAAACGAGUGACGUUCACAAAACAUACAAGCCCCCCUGCAGAACACACACAGACCCCACAGAGGUUAGAUAAGCAAAUAUACUCCUUUAUUCCAGUUCCAUUUUCACAUCUUCUAUUUAUCAAGCAGAGAAGAAAAAUGCACUCCUUUGGUUUCAACUCAUCUGUUUGUCGGAUGCUGUGGCAUGAGCAUCCGUCUUGAGCCGAUAGCGUGUGGACUGAUGCAGAAAAUAUAUUGAAAUAGACUGGAUUGAUAGAGAUGCUCAGAAUAGAGAGAAACAGCUAAUUUAAGCCAACCUUUCCAUUUCUCCUGUUUUCAUUUGUGUUAUCACAGGUGUUGUGUUAUGGAACAUAUUGCAGGAAGCAUGAUUGCAUUUUCAGCAUCUUAUGUUUCCUUCGCUGUGCAAUCACAGGGCGAAGAAGAAAAGCAACACAUUGUUUUUGUUUCCUCUGGUUCUGCCAUCAUCUAUUAAAAGAGAUCUAUUUUCUAGUCGGCUUUCAAUGUGUGUGUGUGUGUGUGUGUGUGUGUGUGUGUGUGUGUGUGUGUGUGUGUGUGUGUGUGUGUGUGUGUGUGUGUGUGUGUGCGUGUGUGUGCGUGUGUUUGUCCCCUCGCUGUCUGAGACCCGCAGUGAAUGUGGUCCCUUCUGCUGUCACUUCCAACACACUUUACCCCACUCCUCUGUUUGAAGUUCUGUCAUUGCCGGGCUUUGAACUGCCAUUUGUGUUUUACCCUGAACAAUGCUUGUCUCCAGAGCUUCAUCUGGUGUGAAAUUGUCAGAGCCACAGGCCACGUCAGCGCGGGGGUGCUUGUGUAGUAAGUUAUGGACUGGACACAUUCAAGCAUGCGCAACAAUAUCCAGCAUCAAAGCCUUGAUGCUUCCCUGUGACCUUUGGAUCACAUGUGUUUGUGCUCUUAUUAAUGUGGACAGGGCUGCUAACUUUAAUGCAGCCAAAUGCACAUUUAGUUUUAUUGUUUCACUUCAAGAUGUCACCCCUGAAGCACGAGUCACUCUUAGUUAAAUAAAACAAACCAAUAAAUAAUAAAGCAGACAAAAAACUGGGACAAAUAUUUUAUACAUAAUAUAUGCUAGUUAGUGUAUAAUCAGCUGAACACAAAAGUUGUUCUGGCAUUAUUUGAGGGUAAAGUUUGUUAAACAGUUUGGGGUCUACAGCAGGGAAGCUACAUCCCCCUUAGAUUUCAUACUUGACUCAGGGACCAUACAAAGAGGCUGAUUGGCAGACCUCAAAGACCUCAAGGGAGAGUAUUGUACAUAAAGUAAAAGUCAAGUAGCUCUGAGAUAAACCUUAACAGCAGUCAUAAUGACCUGGCUACAAGCUGAAGACACAAACAAAGUCAAGCCAAAAUAUAAAUAAAGAUGGAGCCGCUCCAGCACCUAAGCCUUCAAUGCUUCCAUGGCAACGCAUAAAUAAACAUUAAACUUAACACAUCAGAUCACUGCCAGGUCAAAAGCUUAUUUGUCAUAAAUCACAUCAAACUGAGCAAUCCCAGGGAGGGUUACAUCAGACAAGGUGAGCAGGACUUCUGCAGGAACAUUCAUGUUGACAUUUCUGUCCUCAUCGAGCUCUUCUCCUCAGAUCUUUGCAGCGACUGACUUUUAAACAGAAAUGAAAUGUCACCGAUUUUAACAUUACUGCUAUUAUUUAUGACCAUCACUUAUGUUGUUUUUUUGUUGUUGCUUUCUAGCCAUGAUAAAUUUGAUCUUAAAUUCAGGUGUAAAAUCCACACUGAACUAAGUGCUGGUAUUACUUCAGUUGCAUCUUUGGUUGCACCAUACAGAUUACAAGAUACAAGAUUUAAGUUGUACUUUCAUGUUUCAUGCUCGCUCAUGUUGAAACUAUCCCAGUUGGUGUAAAACGGUAAAGGUUAGAAACCCAUAAACUACACCCCCCCCCCCCCUGCCCAGCUACCAUAAUAACCUUUUUUUUUUUUUUUUUUUUUAAAUGAAAAAAUCUUGGACAUUUCCUGGGGAUAACUUUAGCCGAGGACAGGUCAUCCAAAAGGGGGCUGUCCCCCGAAAUCAGGGAGGUCUGGUCACCCUACAGAUCCUCCUUGCUAGCAAGGAGCUGAUGGUAGGUUGAGAUAAGAGCACUUGGACCUCAGUCGGAUGUAUGUUGUUCAAGUGGUCCAUCAUUGGGGUCAUUGUCGCGUUGUACUCAUAAAUGGCAUUGUAGUGUUUGCAGCCUCAUCAUUUUCCACUCAAAAUGGUCCCACACCACACCACACUUCAUCUUGCUUUCUUCUUUUUUUUUUUUUUUUAACUUCUAUGGAAGCCCUCUGACACUUUAUCACUUCCCUUGUAAAAUGUCAAAAUCCUAGUGCUAGUACUAGUCAGGAUUGCUUUAACACACACACACACUCAAACACAUUGACUGGACAAAGAGGGCAUCCCUCCCGAUCAGCAGAGGUUGAUCUUUGCUGGAAAGCUGCUCGAUGAUGGAAGCACACUGUCAGCUCUUUUUUAAUAACAUUAGAUAGAUCAAAAUUUUGCAUGAUCCACAUAAUUCUUAACGAUCAAUUAAUCGAUCGUCAUUUUUCUCACAGUGUCAACAGGCAGAGGUGAAAUGGUGUGAGUGUAUUCCUGCAGGUUGAGUUUUAAUAUAUUGCGUGUGAUCAGGUUGUCUCUGGGGUCACUUAUGGGAGUUUUAACCAACCAGAAUCAAGUGUUUAACACAACUGACUCAUAAAAGAAGUAAAAUCAGAUUUAUUUUUAUCAUUUUGUCACAGGUUUCUUCUCUUCCAUUCACUUUCUUUGGUGUGAAUUCAUCUGCAUACUUUUGAAAUUUGUUCGAGGAGUUAUUCAUCAAAAUAUGCCUCAAGUCUGCAUAAAUAUUUCAAAGCUUUUUGUUAUUUUCCAUGUUAAUUUGUCAGAAUUAACAAAAGUAAUUUCAUAUUCAUAAGAAUGCCUGCAAAUUUUUGUGUAAUGAUUAAACAUAAUGAGCCACUUUGAAAGGCCUGCUUAUUGGUUUUCAUUAUUGACAUUCUCACCAAAGAUAGACAGAAUACAGAGUUUAGAGUCAAAGAAGCAAAUACUUAAUGUGCAAAGGUUUCUUUAAACUGAUCAAUUCCAUCCUCAGUUAUUUCCCAGGUUAGAGUUUUAUGCAGAACAUCUCUGGUCACAAACACAUGGACACAGUCAGGAAACAUUUGCACCUUGCAGCAGGGUGAAAGUGGUCUAGCUUUAACAGCCAAAUAGACAAAUAUUUCCCUGAGGAUCUGAUGGCGGUGAAAGCAGAGCCAGGACAGUGAAUAUUGGACUCAUUUUUGCCAGGUGUCCAGCUCCAGAUUAACGCCAAUGUUGUCCUGUGUCUGCUGGAUGUGUUACAAUUGUGUGCCGACACAUUAGCCAUUAUAACUGUAUUAUCCUGGAAUAUGUCAGCGCCAACAGCUUACUCCUUUGCCCAAAGUGUAAAAAAAUCAAUGUGUGUAGCUUUAAAAACCUUAAGUUUACAAAAACACAGCAAUUUUUAUGAAGGUUUUUCUUGUAAAAGAUGAUUCCUAUGUUAUAAUUUUGCACCUUUGAUGUAGAUGCUGUUUUUUCUGCAGCUGCCACCUUAGAUGUAAAGCUGCAAAUUCAACUUGAUGCUGAAACUAAUUUUUUCUCCCUUUGAGCGAUCUCAGGGUCUUUCUGCUCUUAUGCUUUUGUACACUAGGGUCAUUCUCCGGGCAUGGAGCAUCCUCUUCCUGUCUUCAGCAGGCUGUAUCUGUGCUUGUUAGCCUAAUAACAGCAGCAGCUCUAGUGGACUGCAAUGACUGGGACCUCUAUUAGUCUGCAGUAUAUUAAACCAAACCUAGCUUUGUGCAGGAGUCCACUUGUUAGAGGAGACCCCCAGGGAUAGAUUUUGGUUACUGCAGUGAUGGCACAGCGCCUGUCUCAAUAAUGGCUGGGUGGGUGGGCUCACUAGUGAGAAUUGUGCAGCUUGAAGUGCGACCAAAUAUGCAGUGUCUGCUUUGUCUCCCCCUGAGCGGCAGGCAAACAGGCUGUCUGCUGUACCUGCAGUGGCUCUGCCUCUUGGCUGCACUGAUUUCCAGGAGUUGUUACACUACCUUGGCUGAGGGUUUAUUUUGUAUAAUGCGAGGAAUACUGUAUCUUGAAGUGACUUUGAUCCUGAAAUAUGUUGUGCUGAUGAUAAGGAAGAGAGUUAAUUGAAUCCCUUAAUAUUUUUUUGCCAAUCUCCACUGGCACUCUCUCAAAGAUCCAGGCGGCGCACCUCAUUUGAACUGUGGAACUUUAUCAUUCAUGCACAGUGCUCAGUGUUUACAAGUGAGGAUGAAACGAGGGCACCCGGAGCUCAGAGACAAGGUCCAAAUGUUUCAAUUUUACCGCAACACAAGCAAUUAGCCAAACGCUUAUUAGUGAAGGUGCUCCAUGAUUCCUCUUUCUCUUUUUUCUCUCUCUAUAUUGCUUUUUAUCUGUGAAUCUCACUCAUCCCUUGUGCCAGCAGGAGAUGAAUAUGUCUUCGUUGUCCUUGGAAUACGUUCUUGUAAACACCACAGGCGGUGAGCAGUGUUUACCGGUGUGCACGGCAAGCACACAGGCCGCUCUGUCUGUCUCCUGCACAGUCCCUCCCGUGGGGCCGGGCUCACCUUGUUACCCUUUUAAUUAGUAAGAGCAGUUAAUAGUGCCGGCCGCUUCUGCAGCCUCAGCACUCAGCCCUGACUCCAAGAAUCCCUGCAAUCGAUUGCAAAGAGUCCGACUGAGACAGAGGGAGACGGGGGAAGGAGGAGGGAACCUCUGGUUGGGGGAAAGCUUAGGCACAUUCAUGGUAUUUUUUGGAGGGAAAUCAAACAACAUACUAUUUUCUUUAGAGGAACCUACAGAGCGGGUGUAUCAAUAACUACUCUCCCUCUUUUUUUGGUGUACAAUUGCAGGGAUGACAAGGUCUCAGGGUUCCUUAUGCACAUUCCUCCCAGCCUGACUCUCCUCUCCCACAUUUCCUCUCUCUCCAAAAUGAAUGUAAUCAAAAAGCUAAGGCACUUUCUAUUGUGCCCUUAUAAGCUUUUAUCCCUCCCAAGCGCUCGGCCCUGUGCUCAUUUCUUUUCUUGUUUUGAUUUAAAGAUGCAGUGGAAGUACUUAGCAUUUAGAUGACAUGCUGCUAGAGCGGUGCGAUAGAUCAGCCUCUCUUCAGAGGACUGAAUUUCUUCGACAGCAUCGGGGGCCAGUCCGACGUCAAGACAGACAGAUCGCCGGACAACAGGCCGGGCGGGCAGAGGAAUACCAAGUCCACCUCUCUGCCGCAGAUAGCCUGGCAAAGCCGAGAGAGGAGCAGCCGCUGCUGCGAAUGCCAAUGUCUUGCCCAGACAGCCGUCUCGCCUUGGCUGCUCUGAUUGGCUAAACAGACCAUUAGCUUCCUGAUUAUGAUUAGCCGAGUCAUUAUCUACACAAAAGUGGCUCAUUCACCAAUAUUAAGAAGGCAAAGGAGCUGUUUUCUUCCCGCGGUCAAGGGGAAAACAGCGUGUUUUCAUGUGUUCUCCUAAAGAUGAAUGUGAGCAGUAAGAAGUUGUUACUCACAAAGAAACAAAGUGUAACGGUGUUUAUCACCCUGCCCUACAGCUAAUGUGAUAAAAUGUUCUGUCUGUGUGAUGCCAGAGAUGGAAGAAAGGAAAGGUCUCUCAGUCGUUAACAUGGAUGAUGAGGUGCCCAUUACUGACUCGUAUUUUCUGGUCGAGGAAAGAAGCGGUCCUCAGAGGUCAUAAAAACUGGGAGAGAACAAAAUAACCUUCAGCUUCCUUCGUCCCACCUUAGAUAUAAUUGGAAGACAUGCCAUCUGUGCUUUUAAAUGGACAUAUGCUGCUCUGCGUCCGAGGCCAAUGUGCUGAGGGAAAGUUGAAUAAACUGUAGUGAAGGCUGGCCCUCUGUUCCUGCCAUACUGACCUUCUACUUUUCUUUUCCAGCCUUUACCCAAGGAGCCGUCGUAG